UGCCUAACAACCAACAACCAACAACUAACAACACCAACAGCAGCAGCACCAGCACCAAGCCGAGCGCGCGAACACGAACACGAAGACUAGUCUCAAGUCUCCACUGGUCGUCAAAGACGACAUCGUCAGUGCUUCGGGAUCGAGCGCAGCCUCAGUAGCUUCAGCUCGAACCAGAGACGAAUUCGAAUUCUGUUUCAGUUCGUUUUUAGCGCGCGUGCGGUGCGGUUCUCUCUCUCACACUAAUUCAUUCACUCCAGUGGCUCUCAACAAAUCGAUCCAAGUGCUGAACAGCUGAACAGUGUGCGGAUCUGUGAGGUCUGCUGUUAUAGCCAUUCAACAGCAUCCAUAUCCAAAGCAAACAAAUUCAUUUGUUUUCCUAAAAUCUGCACCGUUUAAUUACAGUGAAAGUUUUCGUGAGGCGUGCGCAACGAAAUCAAAUAUCAAAAUUUUUGAAAUUUUACCCGUGAAAAUCAAAGGAAAAACCAAACCCAUACGCAGCGCGACGCGUGCAAAUCAUCGGCAGCAGCCAAGUGUUAAAAGAAAAGCGAUAAUAUUUCUUAAAUAUAACAACCAAAAUACCAAGUGCCUGUGCACAGCUCAGUGUGUGUCUGUGUGCGUGUGUGUGUGCGCCUAUACAGUGCCUGAGUGUGCAUCUCUCUCUGUGUGUGUGUGUGUGAGAGAGUGCUUGUGUGUGUAUUUAAGCGCUUUUGGCGGCUGUGCCGCAGCCAACACAAAAAGUCUUGAAACAAAUUGUUGCUGGCGUUGUGUUUCGUUGGCAGCUGUUGGCAGUAUGAACUGAUUUUGACCGAAAUUUGAUGAAGAAAAUGCAAAAAUGAACAUAUUUUUGCCACUAGUCACGUGGAUAGUGCUACUACUCUCGAGUACAGUACAUUCACAACACCAACAAAUACAACCCUUUAAGACAAAUCCAAACAAGCAUAGUCGAUUUCGAGGCGAAGUGUUCUUUCUAAAUCUCGAAGAUGGCUAUUUUGGCUGCCAAGUUAAUGAGUCCACAGACUAUUUGCAACUAUACGAUCUAUCGAAAAUCUGCGACGGCAAUCAAGACUGUUUUCUUGGUUCCGAUGAGCUGAGCAAAGAGCUCAAAUGCACAAAUGACUGUGAUAAGGAUGGCACACAGUGCACAAAUGGUGUUUGCCUGAAUGGCGUUUGCCAUUGCAAUGACGGCUUCGGCGGCUGCAAUUGCGUCGAUCCGGAUGAGAACGAAUGCAAGCAACGUCCAUGCGAUGUGUUUGCCCACUGCACAAACACAUUGGGCAGCUUCACGUGUACCUGCUUUCCGGGCUAUCGCGGCGAUGGCUUCCAUUGUGAAGACAUUGACGAAUGCCAAGAUCCGGCGAUAGCGUCGCGUUGCGUGGAGAAUGCCGAGUGCUGUAAUCUGCCGGCGCACUUCCUCUGCAAGUGCAAGGACGGUUACACGGGCGACGGCGAGGUGCUGUGCACGGACAUCGACGAGUGCAGCAAUCCGCUGGCCUGCGGUGCCCACGCCCAGUGCAUCAACACGCCCGGCAACCACACGUGCGUCUGCCCCGAGGGCUACGUGGGCAAUCCCUAUGACGGCUGCCAGGAUCUCGAUGAGUGCACAUAUCCGAAUGUGUGCGGACCCGGUGCCAUCUGUACGAAUCUCGAGGGCAGUUAUCGCUGCGACUGCCCGCCGGGAUACGAUGGCGACGGACGUGCCGCACAGGGCUGCGUCGAUCUGGACGAGUGCGCGCGCACUCCAUGCGGCCGCAACGCGGAUUGCCUGAACACCGAUGGCAGCUUCCGCUGCCUCUGCCCCGAUGGCUUCAGCGGUGAUCCCAUGCAUGGCUGCGAGGAUGUCGAUGAAUGCGCCAUUAACAAUCCAUGCGGUUUGGGUGCUCAAUGCGUGAACUUGGGCGGUAGCUUUCAAUGUCGUUGUCCACUGGGCUUUGUGCUUGAGCAUGAUAUGCACGCGGAGGCGCCGCUGCCGGCCACACCCACACUACAACUGGGCUAUGCCGAUGGCGAUACACUGGCCGAGCCGGCGGCCACGUCGGGCGCCGGCCUAGCUUGCCUGGACAUCGAUGAAUGCAAUCAGCCGGAUGGCGUGGCCAAGUGCGGCACCAAUGCCAAGUGCAUCAACUUUCCGGGCUCCUAUCGUUGCCUCUGUCCGAGCGGAUUCCAAGGACAGGGCUAUUUGCACUGCGAGAACAUCAACGAGUGCCAGGAUAAUCCGUGCGGUGAGAACGCCGUCUGCACAGACACCAUCGGCAGCUUCGUUUGCACGUGCAAACCGGACUACACCGGUGAUCCGUUCCGCGGCUGCGUUGAUAUCGAUGAGUGCGCCGCACUGGACAAACCGUGUGGACAACACGCGAUCUGCGAGAACGCCGUGCCGGGCUACAAUUGCAAGUGCCCGCAGGGCUACGACGGCAAACCCGAUCCGAAAGUGGCCUGCGAACAGGUCGACGUGAACAUUUUGUGCCGCACCAACUUCGACUGCACCAACAAUGCCGAGUGCAUAGAGAAUCAGUGCUUCUGCUUGGACGGAUUCGAGCCGAUUGGCUCCAGCUGCGUGGACAUCGACGAGUGCCGGACGCACGCCGAGGCCUGUGGCCCGCAUGCCCAGUGCUUGAAUACGCCGGGAUCGUAUCGAUGCGACUGCGAGGCCGGAUACGUGGGCAGCCCGCCGCGCAUGGCAUGCAAGCAGCCCUGCGAGGAUGUACGCUGCGGGGCGCAUGCCUACUGCAAGCCGGAUCAGAAUGAGGCGUACUGCGUCUGCGAGGAGGGCUGGACGUAUAAUCCGAGUGAUGUGGCAGCCGGGUGCGUGGAUAUCGAUGAGUGUGAUUUGUUGCACGGACCCUUCGGCAGCUGUGGACAGAAUGCCACCUGCACGAACUCACCUGGCGGCUACAGCUGCGCCUGUCCGCCGGGCUUCUCGGGUGAUCCGCACACCAAGUGCCAGGACGUCGAUGAGUGCCGAGCGGGAAAUAAGUGUGGCAUUGGCGCUGAGUGCGUCAACAUGGCAGGAGGCGGCUACACCUGCCGCUGCCCCGAUGGCACCCUGCCCGAUCCGGAUCCCGCGGUGCACUGUGCGCCCAUCGUCAGCUGCUCCAGCAACGAGCAGUGCCCCGGCAAUGCCAUCUGCGAUGAGACCAAGCGCUGCCUCUGCCCAGAGCCGAAUAUCGGCAACGAUUGCCGGCAUCCGUGCGAGGCGCGCGACUGCGGUGCCCAUGCCCAGUGCAUGCUGGCCAAUGGGCAGGCGCAGUGCCUCUGCGCGCCCGGCUACACGGGCAACGCUGCACUGCCAGGAGGCUGCAGUGACAUCGACGAGUGCCGCGCCAAUCCCUGCGCAGCCAAUGCCAUCUGCACCAACACUGCCGGCGGCUAUCUGUGCCAAUGCCCCGGAGGCUCCACGGGAGACGCCUAUACCGAGGGCUGUGCCACGCCCAAGAUUGCCGGCUGCUCCGAUGCCAAUCCGUGUGCGCCGGGAGAAAGCUGUGUUCAGGACGCGUUUACAGGCAGCAGUGUUUGCAUUUGUCGCCAGGGCUACGAGCGCAAUCCGGAGGGUGGCCAGUGUCAGGAUGUGGACGAGUGUGCCGCACAGCGUGCGAAGCCCGCGUGCGGCCUGAAUGCCCUGUGCAAGAAUCUGCCCGGCAGCUACGAGUGCCGCUGCCCGCAGGGCCAUACCGGAAAUCCGUUUGUCAUGUGCGAGAUCUGCAGCAGUCCCGAGUGCCAGUGCCAAGCGCCGUACAAGCUGCUCGGCAACAGCUGUGUGCUGGCCGGCUGCUCCACCGGGCAGCCCUGCCCCAGCGGGGCGGAGUGCAUCUCGAUAGCGGGCGGUGUCAGCUACUGCGCCUGCCCCAAGGGCUACCAGACACAGCCCGACGGCAGCUGUGUGGAUGUCAACGAGUGCGAGGAGCGUGGCGCCCAGCUGUGCGCCUACGGAGCUCUGUGCGUCAAUCAGAACGGCGGCUACAGCUGCCACUGCCCCGAGGGCUACCAGGGCGAUGCCUACAACGGACUCUGUGCGCCGGCCCAGCGCAAGUGCGCCGCGGACAAGGAGUGCGCCAGCAACGAGAAAUGCAUACAGCCGGGCGAGUGCGUCUGCCCGCCGCCCUACUUCCUGGAUCCGCAGGACAACAAUAAGUGCAAGAGUCCCUGCGAACGCUUCCCGUGCGGCAUCAAUGCCAAGUGCACGCCCUCCGAUCCGCCGCAGUGCAUGUGCGAGGUGGGCUUCAAGGGCGAUCCGCUGCUCGGGUGCACAGAUGAGGAUGAGUGCGCCCACCUGCCGUGCGCCUACGGCGCCUACUGUGUCAACAAGAAGGGCGGCUACCAGUGCGUCUGCCCCAAGGGCUUCACCGGGGAUCCGUACAAGAGCGGCUGCAUCCUAGAGGACAGCACCGUGCCCAGGAGCUCCUGUCUGAGCAACGAGGACUGUGCCAGCAACCUGGCCUGCCUGGACGGCAUCUGCGCCAGUCCCUGCGCCAGUCUGCUGUGCGGCUCGAAUGCCUACUGCGAGACGGAGCAGCACGCGGGCUGGUGUCGAUGCCGCGUGGGAUUCGUGAAGAACGCCGACGGCGACUGUGUGUCGCAGUGUCAGGAUGUCAUCUGCGGCGAGGGAGCGCUCUGCAUACCCACCAGCGAGGGACCCACCUGCAAGUGCCCGCAGGGCUACCUGGGUAAUCCGUUCCCGGGUGGCAGCUGCAGCACGGAUCAGUGCACGGCCUCCAGGCCCUGCGAUGAGCGCCAGAUUUGCAUCAAUGGACGCUGCAAGGAACGCUGCGACGGCGUCGUCUGUGGCAUCGGCGCCACCUGCGACAAGACCAACGGCAAAUGUGUCUGCGAACCGAACUUUGUGGGCAAUCCCGAUCUACUCUGCAUGCCGCCCAUCGAGGAAGCCAAAUGCUCGCCGCUUUGUGGGGAGAACGCUCACUGCGAAUACGGAAUAGGCCAGAGCCGCUGCGCCUGCAACCCGGGCACCUACGGCAAUCCGUACGAGGGCUGCGGCGCCCAGAAGAAGAACGUCUGCCAGCCGAACAGCUGUGGACCCAACGCCGAGUGCCGCGCUGCCGGCAACCAGAUCAGCUGCAUCUGCCCGCAGGGCUUCAGCGGCAAUCCGUACGUGGGCUGCCAGGACAUAGACGAGUGCGCAAACAAGCCGUGCGGCCUGAAUGCCGCGUGCCUUAACACGGCCGGAGGCUUUGAGUGCCUGUGCCUGUCCGGCCAUGCCGGCAACCCGUACAGCAGCUGCCAGCCCAUCGAGAGCCAAUUCUGCCAGGACGCCGGCCAGUGCCAGUGCAGCGAACGAGUCGAGUGCCCCGACGGCUACAGCUGUGAGAAGGGCCACUGCAAGAACCUAUGCUCGAAUACGGCGUGUGGACCGCGCGCCAUUUGUGAUGCGGGCAAAUGCCUCUGCCCGCUGGGCUACGUGGGCGAUGCGUACGACCUGAGCCAGGGCUGCAGCAUACGCGGGCAGUGCGGCAACGACGCCGACUGCCGCCACACGGAGAUCUGCUUCCAGCUGGGCAAGGGUCUGCGCAAGUGCGUCGAUGCCUGCACGAAGAUUCAGUGCGGCCCGAACGCGCUCUGUGUGGCCGACGACCAUCGGUCGCUGUGCAUCUGUGCCGAUGGCUACUUUGGCAAUCCGAGCAAUCUGCAAGUGGGCUGCCAGCCCGAGCGGAAGGUGCCCGACACCGAGAGCAAGUGCACCACCGACAAGGACUGCGAACGGGGCUUUGGCUGCCAGGCGGACGCGCUGGGCACACGGGAAUGCAUUCAUCUCUGCUCCAACGUUGUGUGUGGCCCGAAUGAGGUCUGCAAGAUCAAUCCAGCCGGCCAUGCCGUUUGCAAUUGCGCCGAAAGCUACGUCUGGAAUCCCGUUGUAUCCUCCUGCGAGAAGCCCUCACUGCCCGACUGCACCAGCGAUGAGAACUGCCCGGACGCUUCCGCCUGUCGACCCGACGUGCUCGGAGUGCUCAAGUGCGUUGCCAUUUGCGACGCCUUCACCUGCCCGGCCAACUCGGUGUGCGUUGCCCGCCACCAUCAAGGACGCUGCGACUGCCUCACUGGAUUUGUGGGCAAUCCCAACGACCGCAACGGCUGCCAGUUGGAGCGCAAGCACCAGUGCCGCAGCAAUGCCGAGUGCCCCGAGUCGGAGGCUUGCAUCAAGGAUGAGAGCACACAGUCGCUGAGCUGCCGCCCAGCCUGCGACAGCGUCAAGUGCGGCCCGCGUGCCGUGUGCAUUACGAACAAUCAUCAGGCGCAGUGCCAGUGUCCUCCGGGACCCUACGCCGGAGACCCGUACGAUCCGUUCAACGGCUGCAAGAGCGUGCCCUGCGUCUACAAUCACGACUGCCCCAGCAAUCAGAUGUGCAAUCGCAUGACCCACACCUGCUACGAUGUCUGCGACGAGGAGUCCUGCGGAGAGAACGCCAUUUGUCUGGCCGAGGAUCAUCGGGCCGUGUGCCAGUGUCCGCCCGGCUACCGCGGCAAUCCCCUGCCCGAGGUGGCCUGCGUCAAGCAAAGCGGCUGUGCGCCGGGCACCUGCCAUCCGACGGCCAUCUGCGAGAUCACGCCCGAUGGCGCCACCUGCAAGUGCCCGCCCCUGUUUGUGGGCGAGGCCGAGCCAAACACCCGUGGCUGCCGUCCCGACGGCCAGUGCCCCAACGGCGAUGCCGACUGCCCCGCGAACACCAUCUGCGCCGGCGGACGCUGCCUGAAUCCCUGCGACAAUGCCUGCGGAUCGAAUGCGGACUGUAAGGUGGUCAAUCGCAAGCCCGUCUGCAGCUGCCCGUUGCGCUUCCAGCCCAUCGGCGACUCGGCCAAGAAUGGAUGCGCACGCAGCGCCUCCAAGUGCCAGACGGACGUCGAUUGCGGCGGAGAGCUGUGCUACAAUGGCCAGUGCCGCGUGGCAUGCCGCAACGGUCAGGACUGCUCCGAGGGCGAGCGCUGCGUAGGCAAUGUCUGCGUGGUGGCCUGCCUGGAUCACAGCCAGUGCUCGAAGGGAUUGGCCUGCAUUGAGGGCCACUGCGCCAUCGGCUGUCGCAGCAACAAGGAGUGCAAGCAGGAGCAGUCCUGCAUCAGCAACAAGUGCGCCGAUCCCUGCCAAUCGACAACCAGCUGUGGCCCCAACGCCCUCUGCAGCAUUGCCCAGCAUCGCAGCCAGUGCAGCUGCCCGGAUGGCUUCGAGGGCAACCCUACGCCCGAGCAGGGCUGCGUGCGCGUGCCAGCCCCCUGCCUGGCCAGCAACCAGUGCCCCAGCGGACACAUGUGCAUCGGCAACCAGUGCAACCUGCCCUGCACCAAGACGUCCGCCUGCGCGGUGGGCGAGCGCUGCUACCAGCAGGUCUGCCGCAAGGUCUGCUACUCGAGCAACAACUGCCUGGCCGGCGAGAUUUGCAACAGCGAUCGCACCUGCCAGCCGGGCUGCGAGUCGGACGCGGAUUGCCCAGCGACCGAGCUGUGCUUGAAUGGCAAGUGCAAGUGCGCCAAUGGAUUCAUCGGCACCCCCUUCGGCUGCUCGGACAUCAACGAGUGCACGGAGCAGCCAUGCCACGCGAGUGCCAAGUGCGAGAAUGUGCCCGGCUCCUAUCGCUGUAUCUGCCCCGAGGGCACCGUCGGAGAUGGCUACACGCAGCAGGGCUGCGCCAAGCCCAGGGAGUGCAACAGGCACGAGGAUUGUGCGAAUAGUCUCUCCUGUAUCCACGGAAAGUGUACGGAUCCCUGUCUGCAUACCGUCUGUGGCGCGAAUGCGCUCUGCCAGGCCGAGGGCCAUGAGGCCACCUGCAGCUGCCCGGCUGGUUACCUGGGCGAUCCCAAUGACCCUGGCGUCGGCUGCUUCAAGGUGGAGUGCAUUGAUCACGUGGACUGCGCCAGCGAUCGCGCCUGCGAUCCGGAGACGAACCGUUGCAUCAAACCCUGCGACCUCACCAGCUGCGGCAAAGGCAGCUGCCAGGUGUCGGAUCAUAGGGCCAUAUGCGAGUGCUACGAGGGCUAUCAGCUGACCAAUGGAGUCUGUGUGGAUCUCAACGAGUGCCUGCAGCAGCCCUGCCACAGCACCGCCUUCUGCGACAAUCUGCCCGGCAGCUACCAGUGCAAGUGCCCCGAGGGACUCAUCGGGGAUCCGCUGCAGGCGGGAUGCCGCGAUCCCAGCGAAUGCCUCAGCGAUGCCGACUGCCCGCCGACGGCCAGCUGCCAGAAUUCGCGCUGCCGCAGUCCGUGCGAGCGCGAAAAUGCUUGCGGCCGGAAUGCCGACUGCCUGGCCCAGUCGCACAAGGCCAUCUGCAACUGUCCAGCCAACUCCCGGGGUGAUCCGCAAGUGGAGUGCGUGCACAUCGAGUGCGAGGAUAACGGAGACUGUGGAGCUGACAAGGCCUGCCUCGAUGCCAAGUGCAUUGAUCCCUGCUCGCUGCCGAAUGCCUGCGGCGCCCUGGCACGUUGCUCAGUCCAGAACCACAUCGGACUCUGCGCCUGCGAGUCGGGCAGCACCGGAGAUGCCAAACAGGGCUGCGUCCAACUGCAGUACUGCCAGCAGGACGCGCAGUGCCCGCAGGGCAGCAUCUGUGCCCACGGCAUCUGCAGUCCGCUGUGCAGCAGCAAUCGCGACUGCAUCGCGGAGCAGCUCUGCCUGCAGGGCGUCUGCCAGAGCACCUGCAAGUCGAACUCCACGUGCCCCCAGUUCCAGUUCUGCCAGAACAACAUCUGCGCCAAGGAGCUCGAGUGCAGCACCAACGGCGACUGCGGCGAGGACGAAACCUGCCUGGUGGAUGCCUACGGACGUGCGCGCUGCGAGCCCGUUUGCCUGGGCCGUGCCGCCUGCGGACGGAACGCCGAGUGCAUAGCGCGCUCCCACGCCCCCGACUGCGUCUGCAAGGAGGGCUUCAUCGGAGACGCUCGCUCGGGCUGCCGCAAGAUCGAGUGCACCACCGACGACGACUGCUCCAACGACAAGAGCUGCGACAACAACAUGUGCAAGAUUGCCUGCCUGAUCGGGCAGCCGUGCGGCGAGAACGCCCUCUGCACCACGGAGAAUCAUCGUCAGGUCUGCCAUUGCCAGCCCGGCUUCAGCGGCGAUCCGCGCGUGCGCUGCGACGUCAUCGACUUCUGCAAGGACGCGCCGUGCGGACCCGGCGCCCGUUGUCGCAACUCGCGUGGCUCCUACAAAUGCACCUGUCCGCUCGGUCUCAUCGGUGAUCCCUACAACGAGGGCUGCCGUAGCUCUGUCGAGUGCGACUCGCACGACGACUGUCCCCCGCAUGCUGCAUGUGUCAAGACCAAUGGUGUGCCCAAAUGUCAGGAUGUGUGCGCCCAGCUGCAAUGUGGCCCCAACGCGGAAUGUGUUCCGAAGGGUCACGUGGCGCACUGUGCGUGCCGCAAUGGCUACGACGGCCAACCCGCCGACCGGGUGGCCGGCUGCAAGCCACUGCCAAUGCCCUGCCAAAUCACUAGCGACUGCCCCACCAAUACCUACUGCUCAGAUAGCGUAUGUAAACCCGCCUGCCUGCUGGACACCGAGUGCACCUCCUCGGAGGUGUGCCAGGGCGGCCAGUGCUUUGAUCCCUGCCUGCAGCCGCUGGCAUGCGGCCAGAACGCCCAGUGCCAGAUGCUGAGCCAUGUGAAACAGUGCCAUUGCCCGGAGGGCUUCACCGGCGACGCGACCAAGGAGUGUGUGCGCGUGCCGGUCGCCUGCGACGGCGACUGUGCGCCUGGCUACACCUGCCGCGACUCCAUGUGCCUGCCCGUCUGUCACAGUGAUCUGGAGUGCGCCUCCAACGAGAAGUGCCUGCGCGGCAACUGCAUGCUGACCUGCCGCGUUGACAACGACUGCUUCCUGGGCCAUGUGUGCCUGCACAACAAAUGCGUUUUUGGAUGUCACGUGGAUGAUGAUUGCAGCGCUUCCGAGUCCUGCCGCAACGAUAAGUGCGUCAAUCCCUGUCUUGAGAGUCCCUGUGGACCCAAUGCUGCCUGCUCCGUGUCCAAUCAUCGCGCCAGCUGCAGUUGCCUGGACAACAUGGUGCCUAAUCCCACGGCCCAAGUCGGCUGCGUCCGAUCGCCGCCGCUGGAGUGCCACGAGAAUCGCGACUGCAGCAAUGGCUUGGCCUGCUUCGAGUCCGUCUGUCGUCCACUGUGUGCCGACGACGCCGGCUGCCUGACCAACGAGCGCUGCCAGCAGGGCGUCUGCAAGCCGCUCUGCCGCCACGACAACGAGUGUGCCAACGGAGAGGUGUGUCUGGGCCUCAACUGCGUCACGGGCUGCCGCUCCGACCAGGGCUGUCCCAGCCACUUGGCCUGCAUUGGACAGCAAUGCGUGGAUCCCUGCUCGGAGCCAACUGCCUGCGGCACCAACGCCCUCUGCCAGGCCGUCGAUCAUCGCAAGCAGUGCAGCUGCCCCGCGGGUCUCAGCGGCAAUGCCGACGUGGCCUGCAAGACUCCACGCAUCGCCUGCGCUCGCAACGAGGACUGCGGCUCGAACCAGCUCUGCUAUGCGGGCAGCUGCCAGGGCAAGUGCCGCAACGACCAGAACUGCCUGUCGGAUGAGCGCUGCAUGCGCGGCACCUGCCGCACCGUCUGCAACACGGACAGCGCCUGUGCCCAGGGCCAGAUUUGCGAGAAUCGCGUAUGCCAAACGGGCUGCCGCAACGACCUCAGCUGCGCCAACGACGAGGCCUGCAUCAACAAGAAAUGCCAGAAUCCCUGCCAGACGCCCGGCCAGUGUGGCCAGUGUGCCGACUGCUUGGUGAUCAAUCACGGCGUGCAGUGCCAGUGUCCGGCCUCCUACAUGGGCGACGGCCUCACGGGCUGCCAGCUGCCGCCGGUGCGCUGUCAUCCGGGCUGCGAGUGCGACGAAAGCGGCGCCUACUGUGCCGCCAAGUGCAGCCGCUCCGAGGACUGCGAGUGCGGACAGCAGUGCGCGCGGGGCAAGUGCCGCAAUAAGUGCGGACCCAAGCGCCAGUGUCCGCUGGGUCAGCUGUGCGAGCGCGGCGCCUGCAUUGCGGGCUGCAAAUCGAAUGGAGACUGUGCUGUCGACCAGAGCUGCCAGAAUGGCAAGUGCGUGGAUCCCUGUGCCGAUGAUCGCGCCUGUGGCCGGAAUGCCCUGUGCACGGUGUCGGAGCAUCGCAUGCUGUGCUACUGCCCCGACGGCUACGAGGGCGAGCCCAGCAAGGAGUGCGUCCAGUUCGAGUGCCGCGAGGACAGCGACUGUGAGACGAGCAAACGCUGCGAUCAGGGCAAAUGCCGGAAUCCGUGCCUCGAGUACGGCGCCUGCGGCACGAAUGCGCAGUGCCGGGUCAUCAAUCGCAAGGCCCAGUGCUCCUGCCCGCCGGACUUCUUUGGCAAUCCAGCCACCGCCUGCCAGCCCUUGGACGGCGGCUGCUCGAACAAUCCCUGCGGCGCCAACUCCAAGUGCAUCGAGCUGCCCGGCGGCUACGAAUGCGCCUGCAUGGAUGGCUGCAUGGGCGAUGCCCACAAGGGUUGCCUGUGCGAAGGGAACCUGGUGAAUGGCUGCCACGAGCAGCCGUGCGGCCUGAAUGCCGCCUGCCGUGUGCUCAGCAACAAUCAGGCCGAGUGCUACUGCCCCGAGGACUUCCCCAACGGCGAUGCCUAUGUGCAAUGUUAUUUGACGCCACCCCAGGAGGACUGCCGCACGCGUGGCUGCGAAUCCGGCAGCUGUGUGCGCUCGGGCUACGACUAUGUCUGCCAGCAGGACACCGAACAAUGCUACUCAGAUACGGAUUGUCCCAGUGAAAAAUCAUGCCUGCAAGGACACUGCACCGAUCCUUGUACAAUGCGUGGCGCGUGUGGCACAAAUGCGCUGUGUCAGACUGUGCUGCAUCGUCCGCGCUGCUCGUGUCCGAGCUGUCAUAUAGGUCGACCCGAGGUCGAAUGCAAACCGGAUCCGAAAUGUGUGUCCGAAGACACAGACCCCAAGACAAAGGAGCAAAUACCCUGCACAAACGAUGCCGAAUGCCCAGAAACAUUGCAGUGCGGCCAAUACGGCCAAUGCACAGAUCCAUGCAACAAUCCCCUAUUCAUUUGUGAGAGCAACAAAAAGUGCGAGACUCGCCGCCACCAGCCGGUUUGCAUAUGCAAAUCGGGCUUCAUAGUCAACGAGUACGGUGAGUUGACCUGUGCGCCGGAUAAGCGCGAAUGCUAUCGCGAUGACGACUGUGCCUCGAACAUGGCCUGCACGGAUGGCAAGUGUCGCAACCCGUGCAUCGUGCCGCUGGGCCGUGCCCCAAUCUGUGCCGAGAAUAAGUCGUGCGAGGUGCAGGACCACAAGCCCGUAUGCAUUUGCAUGCGAGACUGCCAGCCAUCGAUAUCGAUAUGUUUGCGUGAUGCUGGCUGUCCAGCGGGCUUGGCGUGUCGUAACUAUCAGUGCGUCGAUCCGUGCAAGUUUGCCACGUGCGCAUCCAACUCGCCAUGCAUUGUCGAGGAUCAUAAGCCGAUAUGUAAAUUCUGCCCAACUGGAUUUAUAGCCGAUGCCAAAUAUGGAUGUCAAAAAGAAAUUGGUUGUGCCUCGAGCGAUGAGUGCCCGACUCAACAGGCCUGCGUGAAUGCACUUUGUGUGGAUCCCUGCGCCUAUGAGAAUCCCUGCGGCCGCAGUGAGGAUUGUCGGGUUAUUGCCCAUCAACCAGUUUGUGCCAGCGUCUGCGAAUGCCAACGUAAAUCUGAUUGUCGGAAAGGUUUCGAGUGUGACGGAUGCAACUGUCGUGACACAACAGGACGCACACCUGGCUGCGAGCACUGCCCGCCAGGUGCAAAGUGUGAUCCCACAACUGGUGCCUGUAUUAAAGCUAAUGUAACAAUAACAACUAGUACUACCAUGAAAACCACAACGAUACCAACAACAACAUCCAUACAAACAACAACAACAGCUAACCCUAUCACUGGCGACGAUAUGUCGCCAAUCUCAAGCAAGGGUACCACCACUAGCACCACCACCACCACCACCACCACAACCACCAUCAUUACUAGCACAGAUAUAAGCACUAACAAGACAAGCACGAGUAAGCCCGACAUUGAAACAACGACCAUGAAAUCGGGUCACACGAAAGGCUAUCGGGAUGGUGAGAACAAUAUAACUGAUACGCCAACGCCAAGGCCGGUGUUCACAACGACCACACUGACCAGCAGAGAUAGUGGCAGGCGUACCACAACGCCAAAAAUGAAGACAACUCGACUGGAUACCUCAAACGAGAUCCCAGACACAACAACGAUGACCAGCACGACGCCUUGGCCGACGGAGCUACCAACUAGAGCGGGCACAACAACAGAAGUCUACGAUCUAAUCACAAUGCAAACAACAACUGCCUCUACUCCGCUGGGCAAUACAACAACUAUCACAGUUAUUAACCCAUGUACAAUAGAUACUAACUGUGCUCCUAAUGAGCACUGCAAACUGGGGCAAUGCACACUGAAAGAACCGUCAGGCACACCAAAAACACACGAACCAUGUCAAUCGAACAAUGAUUGCAUUGAAAGCGAAGCUUGCUAUAUGGGCUUGUGUCACGAUCCCUGCGAGUUUGCGAAGAUCUGUGCUGCCACGGCCAAGUGUACGGCAAAGAGUCAUCGACCCAUUUGCAGUUGCCCGCAAGGCCACGAGGGCAAUCCGAUGGUCAAGUGUGUGCCAACGCAAAAGUCAAUUGAAUGUACUCACAACUCAGAUUGCGGAAUCACAGAAGCCUGCAUCAAUGAGCGCUGCCAGCAUCCUUGCGAUGUGCAUAAUCCGUGUGCCCAAAAUGCGGUUUGUAUCAAUGCUAAUCAUGCAGCCGAUUGCAGCUGCCAGGAUGGCUAUCAGGGCAAUGGGCUGGUUGGUUGUCAGCCAGCACGCACCCACGUCUGCCAAUACAACGAGGAUUGUCCAUCAAAUAAGCUGUGCGACCGCCUUAACCGACGCUGCAUAAAUCCUUGCCAAGAGGAUUCGUGCGGAGAGAACGCUGAGUGUGUGCCGGUCAACCACGGCAUCAACUGUCGCUGCUUGCCCGGAUAUUUGGGCAAUGCAUACGUUCUUUGCCAGCAGUCCUUGGGCUGUCGUUCCGAUUCCGAGUGCGAUGCCAGUCAGGCGUGCAUCAAUGGCAAGUGCACAUCGCCUUGUCAAUGUGGUGCAUUUGCUCUGUGUGAUGUAAUUGACCAUCGAGGCGUAUGCAAGUGCCCACCUGGCUACAAUGGUAAUCCCGAGGUGGGCUGCAGUCCACCACAGAAUCCGUGCGAUCCCAACCCAUGUGGCCUGAAUGCUCAGUGUGAACUGGAUAAUGGAAAUCCAAUAUGCUUCUGCCCCAAGGGUCUUACUGGUAACCCCUUCAAGAAUUGCAUUCCUGAGGGAGAUGAGUGCACACCCAAUCCAUGUGGACCAAACUCUGGCUGCCGCCGGGUUAACGGUGCUCCCGUUUGCUUCUGCUUGCCCGAAUACGAAGGUCAACCUCCACAAAUACCUUGUGAGCUUCCAACAAAUCCAUGCGAGCCUUCGCCUUGUGGUCCCAACACGCAGUGCGCUGUUCUCAGCAACGGUUUCUCGAAGUGCACCUGCCUGCCCGGCUAUGUGGAGAGUCCCAACACUAUUCGUGGCUGCGUCGAGCCGAUCAAUCCUUGCGAACCUAAUCCUUGCGGCACUGGCGCCAUCUGUGACUCCUCGCGUCAGCCCGUCUGCUAUUGUCCGGAUAACAAGAUUGGAAAUCCCUUCAGAAUUUGCGAAAAGCCAGCCGUUUCUAUUGAGCUGUGCCAGCCGGGUCCGUGUGGCCGUAACGCUGACUGUUACGUGGCGGGCAAUCGCGAGGAGUGCUACUGCCGCUCUGGCUACGCUGGAGAUCCCUACCAGGGCUGUAUUGAAACAAGUCGAACUGUGUGCGAUCCCAAUCCCUGCGGACCCAAUGCUAACUGCGUUGUUGCUGGCGAUGGCCAAACUGCUUGCGUCUGUCCCGAGGGCCUGUCUGGCGAUCCAACAUCCCUUUUGGGAUGCCAUGGCUAUGAAUGUCAAGUGGAUGCUGAUUGCCCACAGAGCAAGGCCUGCAUGGGUUUCCGUUGCUACGAUCCUUGCCCCGGUGCAUGCGGCUACGGAGCCAAUUGCCGUGUGGAACAACAUCAUCCCGUUUGCUCGUGCAAUGCUGGCCUAACCGGUAAUCCUGGCGUGCGUUGCUUUGCUCUGGACCAGCCUAAGGGCAACCCUUGUGUGCCAAGUCCGUGUGGCCUGAACAGCGAAUGCAAAUUGCUAAAUAAUCGGGCUGUGUGCUCGUGCCUGCCCGGAUAUUUGGGUGAUCCUAAAUCUGGCUGCCAGCCAGAAUGCGACAUUAACUCCGAUUGCGGAGAAUCGCUCUCCUGUAUCAAUCACAAGUGUGUGGAUCCAUGUGCCGGCACCAUCUGCGGCAUCAAUGCCAUUUGCAACGUCCGUCAACAUACACCAGUGUGCCACUGCCUCGACGGAUACGCCGGAGAUGCGUUCCUACAGUGUGUGCCGAUAGGUAUCUUAAAGAAUAUCUCCCGUGAUCCAUGUGCCCCGUCACCUUGUGGACCAAGUGAUGUGUGCUCUGUAUAUGGCGAUGGAGUAGCACUGUGUGAUCCCUGCUUUGGGCCCAAUGCUCAGCAAAACCCGCGUUGCCGACCGGAGUGUGUUACCAAUUCGGACUGUCCAUUUGACCGCGCCUGUUUGGGACAACGCUGCUUGGAUCCCUGCCCCGGCUCGUGUGGACGUAACGCGAUUUGCAACGUCUACGAACACAACCCAAUAUGUACGUGCCCCGCUGGACUCUUUGGCAAUCCCUACGAACAAUGCGCACCACCCUCCCCAAUCGUACCAACUCCUACGGCUAGUUGUGCCAAGCUACAGUGCGGACCAAACGCCGAUUGCAAACGCCAAAGCGGAGGCUUGGCCUGCAUUUGUCGCAAGGGCUACUUUGGCAAUCCCUACAUCGGCUGUCGCCCCGAGUGCGUGCUCAACAGUGACUGUCCCGCGGAGAAGGCGUGCCUGAACUCCAAAUGCGUAGACGCUUGCUCGGGUGUUUGUGGCAUCAAUGCCGUGUGCCGCGUCGUCAACCAUGCACCGGUUUGUGUCUGCGCCGAUGGCUUUAGUGGCGAUGCCUUCCUGUCUUGCAGUCCCUAUUAUUUGCCGCCACCUACCGAAAGUCGCAAUCCGUGCGAGCCAUCUCCCUGCGGUCCCAACUCAAGAUGCUUGGCGUCCACAGAUGGCUAUGCCGCUUGCUCCUGUCUGCCCAACUUCAAGGGCGCACCGCCCGUCUGCCAGCCGGAGUGUGUGGUCAGCUCGGAGUGCGCUCCCAGCCAGGCGUGCAUCAAUCAACGCUGUGCAGAUCCCUGCCCUGGCACUUGCGGCAUCGGGGCACGCUGUGAGGUACUGAAUCACAAUCCGAUUUGCUCAUGUGAAUCGCAUUUCGAGGGUGAUCCGUUCGUGGCUUGCUCGCGUAUACCAGAACCGCCACCGGAUGGCAAAUCCCCACAAAAUCCUUGCGUGCCUUCGCCCUGCGGUCCCAACUCAAUCUGCCAAAUCAAACAGAAUCGACCGGUCUGCUCGUGCGUUGCCAACUAUAUAGGCAGUCCGCCAUAUUGCCGACCCGAGUGCACCUUGAGCAGUGAAUGUCCCGCAGACAAGGCAUGCAUACAGGAGAAAUGCCAGAGCCCGUGUGCCAACACUUGUGGCCACAAUGCCCGCUGCACGGUCGUUGCGCACUCAGCGCAUUGCAGCUGCGACACAGGAUACGAGGGCGAUGCCUUUGUGGGCUGCUCAAAGGUCAUAACACAGAAACCAGAUGAUCAUUAUAAUCCCUGCUAUCCGAAUCCCUGCGCCGAGAAUGCAGUGUGCACGCCCCAUAAUGGAGCCGCUCGCUGCAGCUGUAUUGAGCCCUACUUUGGGGACCCGUACAGCACUGGCUGCCGACCGGAAUGUAUCUAUAAUUCGGAAUGUCCCUCGUCAUUAGCUUGCAUUAAGCAGCACUGCCGUAAUCCUUGCACCGGCGCCUGUGGCCCUAAUGCCGAGUGCGCUGUGGUCAACCACCUGCCCACAUGCAGUUGUACGCGCGGCUUCGAGGGCGAUCCAUUCGUGGGCUGCAAGCGCACUCCUGUGGGACCAAUCAGCGUCUGUGAGCCCAAUCCGUGCGGACCGAACAGCAUAUGCCGCACAAUCGAGGGCCAUCCCACAUGCAGCUGCCAGGUUGGCUAUUUCGGUGCACCACCCACAUGCCGGCCCGAGUGCGUGGUCAGCUCUGAGUGUGCACAGAACUUGGCUUGCAUCAAUCAAAAGUGCGCCGAUCCAUGCAGUGGCACAUGCGGCUUCAAUGCCAAGUGCCAGGUGAACAAUCAUAAUCCAAUAUGUACCUGCCCCAAGGACUAUGUCGGAGAUCCAUUUGAGCAAUGUGUGCCCAAACCUGCUGAACGAAUACCGAUUGUGAAUCCCUGCCUUCCCAAUCCGUGUGGACCAAAUGCCUUGUGCCGCGACGUCAACAAUCGCGCCGAAUGCUCUUGCGCGCCGGGCAUGUUCGGAGCGCCGCCCAACUGUCGACCCGAGUGUGUUAUUAACCAGGACUGCCCUUCGAACAGAGCGUGCAUACGGCAACGCUGCGAAGAUCCUUGCGUUGGCACCUGUGGCUUCAACGCGCUCUGCACCACUCAGAACCACCAGCCCAAGUGCAGCUGCCUUGAUGGCUAUGAAGGCGAUCCGUACACGGGUUGCAACAUGCAUCAAAUUGUGGUACCCGAUGUACCCUCUGAUCCAUGCUAUCCAUCGCCAUGUGGUGCAAAUGCCGUUUGUCGCGAACGCAACGGUGCUGGCUCAUGCAGUUGCAUUCAGAAUUAUUUCGGAGAUCCAUACAUCAAUUGCCGACCCGAAUGCGUGCAGAAUAGUGAUUGUCCCGGUAGCAAAGCCUGUAUCAAUAUGAAGUGUCGCGAUCCCUGUGCGAAUGCCUGUGGCUUUAAUGCGAUUUGUCGCGUUGCUCACCAUCAGCCCGUGUGUAGUUGUGAGCCAGGCUUUACAGGCAAUCCCCUACGUGCCUGCGUGGAACGACCCACAAACAUGUACUUACCACUGCCCAAAGAUCCAUGCAGGCCCUCACCCUGUGGCCUCUUCAGUACAUGCCAAGUGGUUGGUAGCCGUCCAGUCUGCGCUUGUUUGCCCGACUAUAUGGGCAGCCCACCCAACUGCAAGCCCGAGUGCUUGACAAGUGCUGAGUGUGCCCCAGAUAGAGCCUGUGUCAAUCAGAGAUGCCGCGAUCCCUGCCCCGGUACAUGUGGCUACAAUGCGCGUUGUCGCACAACAAACCAUGCGCCCAUCUGUAGCUGCUUUGACGGUUAUACUGGGGAUCCAUUCCAUCAGUGCUUACCAGAGCAAAGUACGUCGCCCCCCAAACACUCCGUUAGAGAGCACCAAUUAAAAUGUUUCAAUCUUACCAUGCUUGUAGAGCCAAUAGUCGUACCUGAUCCUAUAAGACCCUCAAAUCCUUGCGUGCCAUCGCCCUGCGGUCCCAACUCACAGUGCCAAGUCUCAAGUACCGGUGCCGUCUGUGCCUGUCUCAACAAUUACAUAGGACGUCCGCCAGCUUGUCGUCCUGAGUGUACCAUUAACUCAGAGUGUCCGACGCGUAUGGCAUGCAUGAAUGCGCGAUGUGCCGAUCCAUGCAUUGGAUCCUGUGGCAAUAACGCCCUAUGUCAUGUCAGCUUCCAUGCGCCCGUGUGCAUGUGCCAGCCAGGCUACACUGGAGAUCCAUUCUCAGGCUGCUACAAGAUAAUAGAAAUACCUGUCGAAACCACACAACCCUGCCGACCCAACCCCUGUGGUCUAAAUGCCUUAUGCGAGGAACGUAACCGCGCCGCAGCAUGUAAAUGUUUGCCCGAAUACUUUGGGGACCCAUAUGUCGAGUGCCGACCCGAGUGUGUAAUCAACUCCGACUGCCCCAAAUCCCGCGCAUGCGUAAAUCAGAAGUGCGUCGAUCCAUGUCCGGGCAUGUGCGGACAUAGUGCCCAAUGCGCCGUAUUCAAUCAUGCGCCCAACUGUGAAUGCUUGCCGGGCUAUACAGGAAAUCCUAUCGUCGGUUGUCAUCUCGUUUCCGAUAUACCGCGCUAUCCCGAUCCCAUUGUGCCCGAAAAUCCAUGUCAGCCCUCACCAUGCGGUCUAUACAGCAUUUGUCGUGCAGUUAACGGGCAUGCCGUCUGCUCGUGUGUGCCAAACUAUGUGGGCGCACCACCCAACUGCCGGCCGGAAUGCAUGAGCAGUUCGGAAUGCAGUCAAGACAAAUCGUGCAUCAACGAGCGCUGCAAAGAUCCAUGCCCUGGUACAUGCGGCCACAAUGCUUUAUGCCGCGUCGUCAAUCACAAUCCCAUUUGCUCCUGCAGUCCUGGCUACAGUGGCGAUCCGUUCGUACGCUGCCUACCUCAAGAAAAACGACCUAUUGUAAGUGAUCGCAUCGAUCCGUGUGUGCCCUCGCCAUGCGGACCCAACUCGCAGUGCAGGGUGUCGGCUAAUGAGCAACCGGUGUGCUCAUGCUUGCAACAUUAUGUGGGUAGGGCGCCAAAUUGCCGGCCAGAGUGCACGUCAAACUCCGAGUGCGCUGGCAACUUGGCUUGCAUCAAUUUGCGCUGUCAGAAUCCAUGUGUGGGCACCUGUGGCAUUCAGACCACAUGCCUUGUAAAUAAUCAUAGACCAAUUUGCCGUUGCCUUGAAGGCUAUGUUGGCGAUCCAUUCUCUGAGUGUAGUCCACAAAUUAUUGUGCCGCCGGAAAUUGCGGAACCCUGCAAUCCCAGUCCGUGUGGUGCCAACGCUGUUUGCAAGGAACGCAACGGCGUCGGCUCCUGCACGUGUCUGCCCGAUUACAGUGGCGAUCCGUACACUGAAUGCCGUCCAGAAUGUGUACUCAAUAGCGACUGUUCCAAGAACCGCGCCUGCCUCAAUAACAAGUGCAGAGAUCCCUGUCCAGGAGUUUGCGGUGUUGCCGCUGAAUGUCACGUCAUCAAUCAUUCGCCCAGUUGCAGUUGUCCAGCCGGUUAUACGGGCAAUCCGUCACAGUAUUGCCGUGAAAUACCCAAAUUGGCACCGCCUGUCCAACCAUGUCAGCCAUCGCCAUGCGGCCCCUAUAGCCAGUGCCGCGAGGUGAAUGGACAUGCCGUCUGUUCGUGCAUUGCCAAUUAUAUUGGUGCACCGCCCGCCUGUCGUCCCGAGUGCUCGGUUAGCUCCGAGUGCGCGCAAGAUAAGGCGUGCGUGAAUUUGCGCUGUGUAGAUCCAUGUCCAGGCACCUGCGGUAAUGAGGCCGUGUGCAAGGUGACCAAUCACAAUCCCAUUUGCUCAUGCCCAGCUGGCUAUAGUGGUGAUCCGUUUGUGCGUUGCACACCGUGGCAACUGGAGCCCGAAACUCCAAAGUCCAACGAGAAUCCAUGCGUGCCCAGCCCUUGCGGUCCCAACUCACAGUGCCGCGUGGUUGGAGAGACGGGUGUCUGCUCCUGUUUGCCAAACUAUAUUGGACGUGCGCCAAAUUGUCGUCCAGAAUGUACGCGAAAUUCUGAAUGCGCUGGUAAUCUGGCUUGUAUUAACGAGCGCUGCAAGGAUCCCUGUCCCGGCUCGUGCGGUUUCAAUGCUUUCUGCAAUGUUGUAAAUCACUCACCUGUUUGCACCUGUGAGAGCGGCUACUCGGGCGAUCCGUUUGCUGGCUGCAAUCCGCAACCUAUUACCGUGCCCGACGAACGCUUAACACCUUGUGUGCCCUCGCCCUGCGGCCCCAAUGCAGAGUGCCGUGAACGCAAUGGCGCCGGCUCCUGUACAUGCUUGCCAGAAUAUUUUGGUGAUCCGUACAGCGGCUGCCGUCCAGAGUGUGUGGUGAACAGUGAUUGCCCACGCGACAGAUCUUGCAUCAACCAGAAAUGCGUGGACCCUUGUCCAGGUGUUUGUGGCUUGAAUGCAGAAUGCCGCGUGUCCAAUCACUUGCCCAGCUGCUUCUGUCUGGCCGGCUACACUGGAAACCCGUCAAGCGCUUGCCGUGAAAUAAUCGAAUUGCCUGAACCACCCAAAGUCAAUGAUAAUCCCUGUGUGCCUUCCCCUUGCGGUACAUACAGUCAAUGUCGGGAAAUAAACAACCAUGCCGUGUGCUCGUGCCAGCCCGGCAUGAUUGGCUCAGCGCCUAAUUGCAGGCCUGAGUGCAUAGUUAGCUCAGACUGCGCCCAAGAUCUCACUUGUCAGAAUCAGAAGUGUGUGGAUCCAUGCCCAGGCACUUGCGGCAUUGAAGCUCGUUGCCAGGUCAUUAAUCACUACCCUGCAUGUUCCUGUGCCCCAGGCUACACUGGAGAUCCUUUCAAUCGAUGCACUCGAAUUAUAUUGGAGGAAACACCCAAAGAACCUGGUAAUCCCUGUGUGCCCUCGCCCUGCGGACCCAACUCGAAAUGCGUCGAUAUACGCGGUUCGCCUGCAUGCUCCUGCCUGCCCGAUUAUCUCGGCCGGCCACCCAACUGCCGACCCGAAUGCAUGACUAGUCCCGAUUGUCCAGCCAACUUGGCAUGUGUUAACCAGCGCUGUGCAAACCCAUGUAUCGGUGCAUGCGGCAUACACUCGCAGUGUACUGUUAUUAAGCAUAAUCCGAACUGUCAAUGCGAGCCUGGUUACACCGGAGAUCCUUUCUCCGGCUGUGCCAUUAUACACCAAAUCACGCCAACGGAAGCCUCACGCAAUCCCUGUAAUCCAAGCCCAUGCGGCGCCAAUGCCGUAUGUCGUGAACGCAACAACGCCGGUUCGUGUUCCUGCCUGCCCGAGUACUUUGGUGAUCCGUACAGCGGUUGUCGUCCGGAAUGCGUGCAAAAUCCCGAUUGCGAUCGUUCACGCGCAUGCAUUAACAACAAGUGUCAGGAUCCAUGUCCGGGUGCAUGCGGCAUCAAUGCCGAGUGCCGUGUAUUGAAUCACGCGCCCAACUGUAUGUGCUUUGAUGGAUACACUGGGGAUCCGCAUCACUCUUGUUCGAUAAUUGAAGUCGUUACCCGUCGUCCCGAAAAUCCAUGCCAGCCCUCACCAUGUGGACCCAAUAGCCAGUGUCACGAUACCAACAGCCAUGCGGUCUGCAGCUGCCUGGAAGGGUAUAUUGGAGCACCACCGAGCUGCAAGCCUGAAUGUGUGGUCAGCUCAGAGUGUGCACAGAAUCGUGCAUGCAUCAACCAGAAGUGCGCUGAUCCGUGCCGCGGAGCUUGCGGAGACAAUGCCAAAUGCCAAGUGGUUAACCACAAUCCCAUCUGUAGCUGUGUACCAGGCAUGACGGGUGAUCCUAUCUCCGGAUGUGUACCAGAUGUGGGCAAGAGCACAGAAAAUCCAUGCGUGCCCUCACCUUGUGGACCGAACUCGAUUUGCCGUGAAAUUGGACAACAAGCUGCCUGCUCAUGUCGGGCCAACUAUAUUGGACGUCCGCCCAGCUGUCGGCCAGAGUGCACCACCAACGACGAAUGCCAAAAUCAUCUGUCCUGCCAACAGGAGCGCUGCGUUGAUCCUUGCCCUGGCUCAUGCGGCAGCAAUGCCAUUUGCCAGGUGGUUCAACACAAUGCAGUUUGCUCCUGUGCCGAUGGCUAUGAGGGCGAUCCGCUAUUCGGCUGUCAGCUCAUACCACCAGUAUUACCCACGCAACCACCAUCAUCACCGUGCGAGCCUUCGCCCUGUGGUCCACACGCCGAGUGCCGUGAACGCAACGGUGCCGGUGCAUGCUACUGCCACGACGGCUUCGAGGGAAAUCCCUACGAUGCGCAGCGAGGCUGCCGUCGCGAAUGUGAGACGAACGAUGAGUGCAGCCCAGCACAGGCAUGCGUGCGCUUCAAGUGCAUUGACCCAUGCGCAAAUAUGUGCGGUGAAUUUGCGAUCUGUACGGUAGACAACCAUGUGCCCACCUGUGUUUGCCCGGACGGCUACAGCGGUGAUCCAUUCUUUAGCUGCCGACCUGUACCGGUUACACCACCGCCACCUAUAAAUCCGUGUGUGCCAUCGCCUUGCGGCCCCAACAGCAAUUGCCGCAGCAUGAACAACCAAGCUGUGUGCUCUUGUCAAUCAGGAUUCGUCAACCAACCGCCAAACUGCCGUCCCGAGUGUGUUGUCAGCGCGGAGUGCGCCCCAGAGCGUGCUUGCGUCAACAACAAGUGCGUGGAUCCCUGCCUGCACACGUGUGGCAUUCGUGCUAUCUGCAGCACCAAGAAUCACAGUCCGAUUUGCACCUGCCCACGCGGAAUGACUGGCGAUCCGUUCGUACAAUGUACCAAAAUACCGAUUACAAACGACGUAACCACGCCCGAACCACCUGCACCAUCCUGCGUACCCUCGCCUUGUGGCCCUAAUGCGAAAUGUCAAAUUGUGGGUGGCAGUCCAGCAUGCUCUUGCCUGCCCGACUUUAUUGGCGCACCCCCACGUUGCCGACCUCAGUGCGUUUUGAACUCAGAGUGUGGCCCCACGGAGGCGUGCAUCAAUCAAAAGUGUCGCGAUCCCUGCCCUGGCUCGUGCGGUUUUGAGGCCAAGUGCCAUGUGCUUAACCAUCUGCCAAUAUGUAACUGCAUCGAUGGCUUCACUGGCGAUCCAUUUGUACGCUGCAGCAAGCUGCCAGAGGAAAAGGUGGUCUCACGACCCGAUGAUCCAUGCAGUCCCAGUCCCUGCGGACCCAAUGCUGACUGCUUUGCCGGUGAAUGCCGCUGUCAGAACAACUAUCAAGGUAAUCCCUACGAGGGCUGUCGUCCGGAAUGCACACUGUCUGCGGACUGUUCACGGGAUAAGGCUUGCAUGCGCAACAAGUGUGUGGAUCCCUGUCCAGGAACAUGUGGAAAUAAUGCCAUUUGCGAAGUUAUGAAUCACAUACCCGUCUGUUCCUGCCAGCAAGGCUAUGAGGGUGAUCCGUUCACUAAUUGCCGACCAAAACCAAUAGAACCUGUGGAAACACCCAAACCCUGCUCACCCUCGCCAUGCGGUGCCAACAGCCAAUGUCGCGAUAUUAAUGGACACGCGGUAUGCUCCUGCCUGGAAGGCUUCAUUGGAGCGCCACCACAAUGUCGACCAGAGUGUGUCGUUUCCAGCGAGUGCUCAGCAGUUCAAGCGUGCGUCAACAAAAAGUGCGUAGAUCCCUGUGCUGGUGCAUGUGGCUUUGAAGCGCGCUGUGAGGUUAUCAAUCACAGUCCCAUAUGCGGCUGUCCUCCAGGCACAACUGGAGAUCCAUUCAAGGGCUGCACCGAAAUACCCAUGCAGAAGGAUGUUGAUCAAAAGCCGCCGCCCAGCGAUCCAUGCGUGCCAUCGCCCUGUGGACCCAACUCCAUAUGCAAAGCUGAUAACAAGGGACCUGUUUGCCAAUGUCUGCCAGAGUACUUUGGAGCUCCGCCCAACUGCCGAGUCGAAUGUAUCAUUAAUCCAGAUUGUCCCUCGACACAGGCAUGCAUAAAUAACAAGUGUCGCGAUCCCUGUCCCGGAUCGUGUGGCACGAACUCCGAAUGCCGCGUUAUUGGCCACUCUGUUUCAUGCUCAUGUCCGCCCGGAUAUGCUGGCAAUGCUUUCGUACAGUGCGUGCAGCAGCGUGAAGAGCAACCGAAGCCAUGCGAGCCCUCCCCAUGUGGCGCCAACGCUGAAUGCAUUGAACGCAAUGGAGCCGCCGCUUGCAAAUGCAUUGACGAAUAUCAGGGCAAUCCCUACGAAGGCUGUCGACCAGAGUGCGUGCUCAGCUCGGACUGCUCCACGGAUAAGGCUUGCAUAAGGAACAAAUGUCAGGAUCCUUGCCCGGGUAUCUGUGGCUCCAAUGCUCAAUGCUAUGCUAUCAAUCAUGUGCCCAACUGCGUUUGCAACGACGGAUAUACGGGCGAUCCGUUCUCCAACUGCCGUCGUGUUGAAGUAACUCCACCGCCAACUGUGGCCGAUCCAUGCAGCCCGUCGCCUUGUGGCCCUAACAGCAAGUGCCGCCUUGCCAAUGGCCUGGCUGUAUGCUCUUGUCUGGAUACCUUUGUUGGUGCACCGCCCAACUGCAAGCCGGAGUGUACGGUGAAUGCUGAAUGCCCACAGAACAAGGCGUGUCAUAAGUUCCGCUGCGCAAAUCCAUGCGCCGGCACUUGCGGCAUUGAUGCCAAGUGCGAGGUCAUCAAUCACAAUCCCAUAUGUAGUUGCCCCAUCGACAUGACAGGCGAUCCGUUUGCGCGCUGCUAUCCAGCACCGGAAGUUGCUGAGCCAAAGGACGCCCCCAAGAACCCUUGCCAGCCCUCGCCUUGCGGCCUUUAUUCCGAGUGCCGUGUGCGUGGUGAUCAGGCAUCCUGCUCUUGCUUGCCAAACUAUAUUGGAGCACCGCCCAAUUGCCGCUCCGAGUGUGUUGUCAACACUGAUUGUGCCUCUGAUCGUGCUUGUAUUGCAGAGAAGUGCCGCAAUCCCUGUGAAGGAUCUUGCGGUAUUAACUCCGAGUGCCGUGUUCAAAAUCACCUGGCUAUAUGUACGUGCCGCGGCAGCUUUACCGGCGAUCCGUUUGUGCAAUGUGUCGAGGUUGUUGAAAAGACAACGCAGCCACCUCCCACAUCACUGGAUCCGUGUGAUCUCCAACCAUGCGGUGCCAAUGCCGAAUGCAAUAACGGAAUCUGUACCUGCCUAGCUGAAUAUCAGGGUGAUCCCUACACCGGCUGCCGUCCAGAGUGCACGCUUAGCACAGAUUGCUCGCCAAAUAAGGCUUGCCUGAACAAGAAGUGUGUCGAUCCUUGCCCCGGAACCUGUGGACAGAAUGCACAAUGUGAUGUCUCAAAUCAUAUACCUAUCUGCAGCUGCCUGCAAGGCUACACGGGUGAUCCGUUUGUCCAUUGCCGUCAGGAGACGCCGGUGCCCAAAGAUCCUUGCCAACCAAACCCAUGUGGACCCAAUAGCUUAUGCCACGUCUCUGCUCAGGGUGCUGUUUGUGCCUGCCAGCCAGGCAUGUUGGGCUCACCACCUGCUUGCAAGCCCGAGUGCAUUGUCAGCUCAGAGUGUUCCCUGCAAACGGCCUGCAUACAAAAGAAAUGUUUCGAUCCUUGCCCAGGAGCUUGCGGUCAGUUCGCUCGCUGCCAAGUGAUCAAUCACAAUCCGUCUUGCUCAUGCAACACUGGUUAUACGGGUGAUCCGUUCACACGCUGCUAUCAGGAAGAACGUAAGCCCCCACCAGAGGCUCCCAGCCAUCCUUGCGUGCCAUCACCAUGUGGACCGAAUUCAGAGUGCAAAGAACUUAACGGAAAUCCAGCCUGUUCGUGUGCGGCAACAUUUAUCGGCACACCACCCAACUGUCGACCCGAGUGCACCAUUAAUCCGGAAUGUUCGCCAACUAAAGCUUGCAUACGUCAGAAGUGCGCCGAUCCUUGCGUGGGCGCCUGCGGCUUCAAUGCCCGCUGCAUCGUGGCCAAUCAUCAACCCAUCUGCACAUGUGAUGUGGGCUAUACAGGAGAUCCUUUCACCGGCUGUCAACAGGAACAAGAUAAAAUAGUCAAUGAACAGAUCACACCAUGUGAACCAAAUCCCUGUGGAUCAAACGCCGUUUGCCGUGAGCACAAUGGCAUUGGCGCUUGCCAGUGCCUGCCCGAUUACUUUGGCGAUCCGUACCAGUCGUGUCGACCGGAAUGCGUACGUAAUUCCGACUGUCCAUCGAACAAGGCAUGUCAGCAGCAAAAGUGUCGCGAUCCCUGCCCUGGCACAUGUGGUACAAAUGCCGAUUGCCGCGUAACGGCACAUCUACCCACGUGCACGUGCCGCAGCGGCUACACCGGUGAUCCGUAUCGUUACUGUCAUGUGGAACCCGCUCAACCUAUACGGCAAGCCGAACCCACUCAACCUUGCCGACCCUCACCUUGUGGCCCCAAUUCCCAGUGCCGCGAGCUUAACGGCCAAGCGGUUUGCUCCUGUCUUGAACUGUACAUCGGUCUGCCACCCAACUGUCGACCCGAGUGUGUAUUGAGUACCGAAUGUCCCACUGAUAAAGCAUGCAUAAGUCAACGUUGUCAGGAUCCUUGCCCGGGCACCUGCGGCAUUAAUGCCGAGUGCCGUGUGCGUAAUCAUAGUCCACUUUGUCAGUGUCGUCGCGGUUUUACGGGCGACGCCUUUACACGUUGCUAUGCCAUGCCACCACCCGCACCUGUCAUUGAACGUGUUGAACGCGAUCCUUGUGUACCCACACCCUGUGGGCUCAAUAGUCAGUGUCGCAAUGUGCAAGGAGUUCCAUCUUGCACUUGUCUACCGGAAUAUAUAGGCACGCCGCCAAAUUGCCGACCCGAAUGCACUAUCAGUGCAGAGUGUGCCUCGAAUAUGGCGUGUAUUCGAGAAAAGUGUAUAGACCCAUGUCCCGGCUCUUGCGGCUAUGCUGCGGAAUGUAAUGUUGUCAAUCACACACCCAUAUGUACUUGUCCAACAGGUUAUACAGGUGAUCCGUUUAGCAGCUGUCGUCUGGCUCCACCAGAGCCUGUAUUAAACGAAUACGUUGAUCGCUGUCAACCAACACCGUGUGGUCCUAAUGCUCAAUGCAGAGACGGUGUAUGCACAUGUUUGCCCGAGUUCCAUGGGGAUCCCUAUGCGGGUUGUCGUCCAGAAUGUGUCCUCAAUUCCGACUGCCCGCGCGAUAAGGCUUGUCUGCGCAGCAAAUGUCUCAAUCCGUGCCCGGGCACUUGUGGCGAGAACGCUAUUUGCGAUGUAAUCAAUCAUAUACCCAUGUGUAGAUGCCCCGAUGGCACCGCAGGCAGCGCCUUUAUACGCUGUACACCCGUGCCGAAAAUUGUUGUGGACACUAAUCCUUGCCUACCAUCGCCUUGUGGUCCAAAUUCUCAGUGCCGCGAAGUCAACCAGCAGGCUGUAUGUUCUUGUUUGCCAACCUUCAUUGGCGCUCCACCCACGUGUAGACCAGAAUGUACUUCCAAUGCCGAGUGUGCACCCACUCAAGCGUGCCUCAAUCAGCGUUGUGGUGAUCCAUGUCCUGGUACUUGUGGUGUGGGCGCCGAUUGUGCGGUUGUCAAUCACAGUCCCUUCUGCACCUGCCCCACGCGCUUCACUGGAAAUCCCUUUAUACGUUGUCAGCCACAAAUCGAACCUCUGCGCGAUAUUCAGCCAAUCGAUCCUUGCCGGCCGUCCCCCUGCGGCCCCUACGCGCAAUGUCGACCUAUUGGAGAAGCACCAGCUUGUUCCUGUCUUGAAACAUAUAUAGGACGUCCACCAAACUGCCGACCGGAGUGUGUUACCAGCUCAGAUUGCAACAGCCAACUGGCUUGUAUUAACCAAAAAUGUGUUGAUCCAUGCCCAGGCCGCUGUGGCCUGAAUGCUGACUGCCUCGUCGUCAGUCAUGUGGUACAAUGCAUCUGCCAGCAAGGCUUCACUGGUGACCCAUUUGUCCAAUGCAGUCCAGAAAUCGAACGUGAUAUCGAAGUCCGUACGCCAUGCAGCCCAAGCCCAUGUGGGGCGAAUGCUAUUUGUCGCGAACGAGACGGAGCUGGAUCUUGUCAAUGUCUACCUGAAUACUUUGGCAAUCCCUACGAUGGUUGUCGUCCCGAGUGUGUUCUUGAUUCCGAUUGUCCAUCGAAUCGUGCCUGCCAACAGCAAAAAUGUCAGGAUCCGUGCCCUGGCACCUGUGGUCGAAAUGCCAAUUGUCAAGUAGUCAAUCACCUACCAUCCUGUAAUUGUCUACCUGGAUACAUUGGCGAUCCGUAUCGUCUUUGUACGCGUCCUGUGGAACCUAUACGCAAUGAAUACACUAAUCCAUGUGAGCCCACGCCGUGUGGUCCCAACUCGCAGUGUCGCGUUACCAAUGAACAGGCCGUCUGUUCUUGUCUACCCCAGUUCAUUGGCGCGCCACCAGCCUGUCGACCUGAGUGCACCAUCUCAUCGGAAUGUGCUGCAGACAAGGCCUGUCUAAAUCAGAAAUGUGUCAAUCCCUGCGUGGCCAACACCUGUGGCAACAAUGCAAUUUGUCGAGUACGCAACCACAGUCCAAUCUGCAGUUGCAUCAGUGGAUUCACUGGUGAUGCCUUUACCCAAUGCUUCCCUAUACCACCCCGGCCAAUAGAGGUGCAACCAGAGCCGUUACGCGAUCCCUGCGUGCCCACACCCUGUGGUCCACACUCUGAAUGUCGCAACAUUAAUGGAGUUCCAGCGUGCUCCUGCUUAGCUACGUUUGUUGGUCAGGCACCCAACUGUCGUCCAGAGUGCACCAUUAAUUCCGAAUGUCCCAGUCAGCAGGCAUGCAUUAAUCAGAAAUGCCGCGAUCCCUGUCCAGGCGCCUGUGGAUUAAAUGCAAUUUGUAGUGUUAUAAACCAUACACCGCUGUGUGCUUGCAUUGACGGCUAUAUUGGUAAUCCGUUUACGAACUGCAAUCCAAAGCCACCGCAACCACCUACACCUCCUGUCAGGGACGAUCCUUGCAAUCCAUCGCCAUGUGGUGCCAAUGCACAAUGUAAUGAUGGUAAAUGUACCUGCAUAGCCGAAUACCAGGGCGAUCCAUAUGUUGGCUGUCGCCCAGAGUGUGUUCUCAACACAGACUGCCCACAGAACCGUGCAUGCAUUCGUAAUAAAUGCAUCGAUCCUUGUCCCGGCACCUGUGGAGUGAAUGCAGUUUGUGAGGUGACAAAUCAUGUGCCCAUCUGUCGGUGCCCCGAUCAAAUGUCGGGAAAUGCAUUCUUUGAAUGCCGCUCAGUGCCAGCACCUCCGCCACAGAAUCCCUGCCAACCAUCACCUUGUGGACCUAAUAGCCAAUGUCGCGUUGUGCAGGAAACCGCCGUCUGCUCUUGUCUGAUUGAUUAUGUAGGCAGUCCACCGCAAUGUCGUCCCGAAUGUGUUACAAAUUCAGAUUGUGCAGCCAAUCAAGCAUGCCAGAAUAUGAAGUGCCGCGAUCCUUGCCCCGGCACUUGCGGCUUCAAUGCUCUAUGCAAUGUGGUGAACCACAGUCCUUUCUGCAGUUGUCCCGCAGGCAUGUCAGGCAAUCCUUUCGUGCGCUGUGAACAGAUUAUAGUUCCCCAACGUGAUGUCACACCUCAAAAUCCAUGUCAACCCUCGCCAUGUGGCCCCAACUCUGAGUGUCGUGUCUCAGGUGAUUCGCCAUCCUGUUCUUGUUUGCCUGAAUUUUUGGGGUCUCCGCCGAACUGCCGACCAGAAUGCAUAUCUAACUCAGAGUGUGCUACCAACCAGGCGUGUGUUAAUCAGAAAUGCGUGGAUCCAUGUCCAGGACUAUGUGGGCUCAAUGCGAACUGUCGCACUUUCAGCCAUACAGCCAUGUGCCUUUGUGAUAGCGGAUUCACUGGAGAUCCCUUUGCCCAGUGCAGCCCCAUAAGAGAAACACAGAUCGAACGGAUACAGCCAUGCAACCCAAGUCCGUGCGGCGUCAAUGCGAAGUGUGAAGAACGUGGCGGAGCUGGCUCAUGCCAGUGUCUUCCUGAAUACUUUGGCAAUCCUUACGAGGGCUGCCGGCCGGAGUGCGUAACCAACUCAGAUUGUCCUUCGAAUAGAGCUUGUCAGCAGCAGAAAUGCCGCGAUCCCUGCCCUGGCACAUGUGGACAGAACGCCGAAUGCCAAGUUAUUAAUCACUUGGCCACAUGCAAUUGUCUGAAUGGCUACACUGGAGAUCCGUACAGCAUUUGCCGCAUUAUAGAAAACGAACCACCCGAACGUGUCUAUGUAAAUCCCUGUCAACCAUCACCUUGUGGACCUAACUCGCGCUGCCGCGAAGUUAACGAGCAAGCUGUCUGCUCCUGUCUAGCUGAGUUUAUUGGCAGUCCACCAGCUUGUCGGCCCGAAUGUACCAGUAGCUCCGAAUGCGCUGCUGAUAAGGCUUGUGUGAAUCGAAAAUGCGUGGACCCAUGUCCCAAUGUCUGCGGCCAACAGGCCGAGUGCCGUGUACGAAACCAUAGUCCUAUCUGCACUUGCAAAAAUGGAUUUACAGGCGACGCUUUUACACGUUGCUAUAAACUGCCUCCCCCGCCUAUUGUGACAAUUGAACGAGAACCUCUUGAUCCCUGUGUUCCAUCGCCUUGUGGUGCCAACUCACAAUGUCGCGAUGUUUAUGGAACACCAUCAUGUUCCUGCCUGCCAAAUUAUCUAGGCACUCCACCAAACUGCCGACCAGAAUGCUCUAUCAAUGCCGAAUGCCCGAGUCAUCAGGCAUGCAUAAAUCAAAAGUGUCGCGACCCUUGCCCUGGUUCCUGUGGCCUGAAUACUCAGUGCAAUGUGAUAAAUCACACACCGAUUUGUAGUUGUCUGUUGGGUUAUAUUGGUGAUCCCUUCGUUGUCUGUAAUCCUGAACCACCUCAAAGAAUUGAAGACCCGCCAGUACCUCAGGAUCCUUGCAACCCUUCGCCAUGUGGGGCUAAUGCCCAAUGUCGUAAUGGUCAAUGCACCUGCAUUCCUGAAUACCAAGGAGAUCCUUUCGUGGGUUGUCGCCCUGAAUGUGUACUGCACACAGAUUGCGCCCGCAAUCUUGCCUGUGUGCGUCAUAAGUGUGUGGAUCCAUGUCCAGGCACUUGUGCGACCACUGCCAUUUGCGAGGUGCUCAAUCACAUACCCAACUGCCGUUGUCCAGAUGGCAUGGAAGGCAAUGCGUUUGUCUCUUGCAGCCCAGUGCAACAACUCGACGUCGUUCAAAAUCCUUGCCAGCCAACGCCUUGCGGACCAAACUCACAAUGUCGCGUGAUAAAUCAACAGGCCAUCUGCUCUUGCAUUACGUCUUUUAUCGGUAGCCCGCCAUUCUGUCGACCUGAAUGCACAUCGAACUCGGAAUGCCCACUGAACUUGGCUUGUCUUAAUCAGAAGUGUAGUGAUCCAUGUCCCGGUGUCUGUGGUCGCAAUGCCCAGUGUCAUGUGACAAACCACAGUCCAUUCUGUCGUUGUCUGGAUCGCCAUACGGGCAAUCCAUUUGUUAGCUGCCAACCGAUUAUCGAGCCCCCAACGCCUCCACCGCGCCAGGCCUGUCAGCCAUCACCUUGCGGACCUUUUGCCGAGUGCCGUGAGGUAAAUGAGACACCUUCUUGCACUUGCCUGCCAAACUACAUUGGAGCACCGCCGAACUGUCGACCAGAGUGUGUUACCAGCUCGGAAUGCCCAACAAAUCAGGCUUGCAUGCAACAAAAGUGUCGGGAUCCUUGUCCUGGUUUAUGUGGGCAGGCUGCUGUAUGCCGAGUAAUUUCACAUACACCAAGUUGUUAUUGCCCCGACAAUAUGGAGGGUGAUCCCUUCGUACAGUGUGUGGAGAAAAGAAUUCAGCAAUUGGAUCAGUUGGAUCCAUGCAAUCCAAGUCCAUGUGGCGCAAAUGCUCGAUGCACAUCCCGCCAGGAUGCUGGCUCAUGUCAAUGUCUGCCAGGUUACUUUGGAAAUCCGUACGAGGGAUGCCGUCCAGAAUGUGUGCUCGACUCUGAUUGUCCAUCGAACCGUGCCUGCCAGCAACAAAAGUGUCAAGAUCCGUGCCCCGGAACCUGUGGUCCGAAUGCUGUCUGCAAUGUGCUCAAUCAUGUGCCCAGCUGCAGCUGCUUAAUUGGUUACAGUGGUGAUCCGUAUCGCCUAUGCCAACCAGAACGGCAACCUAUCAAGCAAUAUGUGAAUCCCUGCCAACCCUCUCCCUGUGGCCCCAAUUCUCAGUGUCGAGAGAGCAAUGAACAGGCUGUUUGCUCAUGCUUGCCCGAGUAUGUGGGUGCACCACCAAUCUGUCGACCUGAGUGUACAAUCUCGUCUGAGUGUGCGGCAGACAAGGCCUGUGUGGCCAAGAAGUGUGUUGAUCCCUGUCCAGGCACUUGUGGUGAUCAAGCUUUAUGCCGUGUAGUUAAUCAUAGUCCAAUUUGUUCGUGUCGCACUGGUUUUACGGGCGAUGCUUUCUACCGCUGUCUACCCAUACCUCCGGCUCCGCCUACUACAAUUGUGCAAAAACAACCGAUCGACCCUUGUGUGCCCUCACCUUGCGGCUCUUACGCUGAGUGCCGUCCACGUGGUGAAGCACCAUCCUGCUCCUGUUUGCCCGGUUAUUUGGGAGUACCACCCAACUGCCGCCCCGAGUGUCGAAUCAACUCAGACUGCCCCAGCAGUCAGGCCUGCAUUAAUGAAAAGUGUCGCGAUCCCUGUCCAGGUUCCUGUGGCUUUGGUGCCAUUUGUAAUGUCAUAAAUCAUACACCCAGUUGCACUUGUCCAGCUGGAUAUACCGGGGACGCCUUUAGUCACUGUCAACCGGAACCACCACCAAAACCUGUAGAAUCCGACGAUCCUUGCAAUCCUUCGCCAUGUGGUCCAAACGCUGUAUGCAAUGCCGGUGUCUGCACCUGUCUGCCAGAGUAUCUAGGCGAUCCUUACAGCGGUUGUCGACCUGAAUGCCUUACUAGCUCAGAUUGCCCGCGCGAUAGAGCCUGCGCUCUUCACAAAUGCUUCGACCCCUGUCCAGGCACAUGCGCUCCAAAUGCGCUGUGCACCGUGCUUAACCACAUACCGAUGUGUACAUGUCCUGAAGGUUAUGCAGGAAAUGCAUUCCUGCAGUGUCAUCCAAUACCACCACCUGCGAUUGUACAACCCUGUCAGCCGUCGCCUUGUGGACCGAAUUCCCAAUGCCGAGAGGCGAAUCAGCAAGCUGUCUGCUCAUGUGUGCCUGGCUAUAUUGGCGCACCACCACUUUGUCGUCCAGAGUGCACUAGUAACUCGGAAUGUGCUGCCCAACUAGCCUGUGUCAAUCAAAAGUGUAUCGAUCCGUGCCCGGGCGCUUGUGGUCGCAGUGCCCAGUGUAGUGUAGUCAAUCAUAAUCCCUUCUGCACAUGUUUGCCUCACUAUACGGGUAAUCCGUUUGUCGGCUGCCAACUAAUUGUUGAGCCUCCCCAACGUGACAUUGAGCCCCAAGAUCCAUGUCGCCCAUCACCUUGUGGCGCUAAUGCCGAAUGUCGCGCUAUUGGGGAGACACCAUCAUGCACAUGUUUAGCAGGAUAUGUGGGCUCACCGCCUUAUUGCAAGCCCGAAUGUGUCGCGAACUCCGAAUGCCCCAGUAAUCGUGCGUGUAUAAACCAAAAAUGUCGCGAUCCGUGUCCUGGACUUUGUGGAGCCAAUGCCAUAUGUCGUGUUGUCUCACAUACGCCUAUGUGUGUUUGUGACGCUGGACUAACGGGCGAUCCAUUUACACAAUGCCAACCAAUAGAAAAGGAUGUGGAAAUUAUCAAUCCCUGCCAGCCAUCGCCAUGCGGCUCCAAUGCCGAGUGUAUACAACGCAAUGGUGCCGGAGCCUGUCAAUGCUUACCUGAUUUCUUUGGCAAUCCUUACGAGGGAUGUCGACCGGAAUGUAUACUAAAUUCGGAUUGUCCUUCAAAUCGUGCGUGUCAACAACAAAAGUGCCGGGAUCCGUGUCCUGGUAGCUGCGGACAAAAUGCUGAAUGCAAUGUUGUUAAUCAUACACCCAUGUGCUCCUGCUUCGCGGGAUAUGUUGGAGAUCCGUAUCGCUACUGUAACCAGCCAGCAGAACCGAUUGUUCAUGAGUAUGUAAACCCAUGUUUGCCCUCACCCUGUGGCUCGAAUGCCCAAUGUCGUGAGGUUCAGGGCCAAGGGGUCUGUUCCUGUUUGCCCGAGUUUAAGGGAGUGCCACCCAAUUGCCGACCCGAAUGUACCUCUAGCGCUGAGUGCUUAGCCACCCAGGCAUGCAUUAACCGCAAAUGUGUUGAUCCAUGCCCGGGUGUUUGUGGCCAACAGGCGGUAUGUCAGGUGCGCAACCAUAGCCCAAUUUGUAUGUGUCCUCCAGGUCUCAUGGGCGAUCCAUUUGUUCGCUGCCUACCUCGACCAACACCUCCAGCACCAGUUCGAGACGUGGUGCCUUAUCGCGACCCUUGCGUACCCUCACCAUGUGGUCUAUACGCCACAUGCCGUAAUCAACAUGGUCAAGCGAUUUGUUCUUGCCAGACUAACUAUUAUGGUACCCCACCCCAUUGUCGACCUGAAUGUACCAUCAAUGCAGAUUGCGCCAGUCAUCUGGCUUGCAUUGGUGAACGUUGCCGCGAUCCUUGUCCAGGAGCUUGCGGCCAGCGCACAGAGUGCCGUGUUAUCAAUCACACGCCCAACUGUGUUUGCCUCCAUGGCUACGUGGGCGAUGCCUUUGUGGCUUGUCGGCUUGCACCACCGCCCCCAACUUAUAACGAACCUAGAGAUCCCUGUAAUCCCAGUCCAUGCGGCAGCAAUGCUAUCUGUUCGGGAGAUGGGCAAUGUGCGUGCAUUUCCGAAUAUCAGGGCGACCCCUAUAUCGCGUGUCGUCCAGAGUGCGUAUUGAGCGCUGAAUGUCCUCGAAAUCUCGCCUGUGUCCAACAAAAGUGUAUUGAUCCCUGCCCUGGUACCUGUGGAGUAAACGCAAUUUGUGAAGUGGUCAAUCACAUUGCCAUGUGUCACUGUCCAGUGGCAAUGACUGGUAACGCUUUUAUUCAGUGCAGUCCCAUACAAACUCCGGUUUAUCAGAAUCCUUGUCAGCCGUCACCUUGCGGUGCAAACUCCGAGUGCCGCGAACGGCAAGGUCAAGCUAUAUGCAGUUGUUUACCAAACUAUUACGGCGUGCCACCAUCUUGCCGCCCAGAAUGUACCACCAACUAUGACUGUGCACCUAGCCUGGCGUGUCAGAACCAACGAUGUGUUGAUCCCUGCCCUGGCACCUGUGGUGCUUAUGCAGACUGCCGGGCAGUUAGUCACAGUCCCUUCUGCAGCUGUCAGCCUGGCUACACAGGCAAUCCGUUUGUUCAAUGUCACAGAAUUAUGGAACCAUUGCGAGAUAUAACACCUCAGGAUCCAUGCCAACCCUCACCUUGUGGUCCUAAUAGUGAAUGCCGUCGCAAUGGAGGUACUCCCUCUUGUUCAUGCCUAGAGAACUUCUUUGGAACCCCACCCAACUGCAGACCCGAAUGCUUGUCUAACUCAGAUUGCGCGUCGUCACAGAUUUGCAGAAACAAUCGUUGUACGGAUCCCUGUCCGGGUCUUUGUGGUCUUAAUGCUGAGUGCCGUGUACUUAGUCAUAGCGCUAUGUGCUUAUGUCAAUCAGGCUAUACCGGUGAUCCAUUCAUUCUAUGCAAACAAAUUCAAUACGAUCCACCUGAAGUGGCGCAACCAUGUAAUCCCAAUCCUUGUGGUACAUUUGCCGAGUGUCAUCAACGAAACGGCAUUGGCUCAUGCCGAUGCUUGCCCGAGUAUUUUGGAAAUCCCUACGAAGCUUGUCGACCAGAAUGUGUCCUUGACUCAGACUGUGCAUCUAAUAGAGCCUGCGUUAAUCAAAAGUGCCGCGAUCCUUGUCCGGGAGCCUGUGGCUACAAUGCCGAAUGCUAUGUUCGCAACCAUUUGCCGACUUGUAAUUGCCUCAACAACUAUGUGGGCGAUCCAUAUCGUUACUGCAGCUUAGAAGAGAAACCCAUUCGCGAGUAUGUUAAUCCCUGCCAACCCUCACCAUGUGGUCCCAACAGUCAAUGCAAAGAGCUCAAUGAGCAGGCAGUGUGCUCUUGCUUACCCGAGUAUGUGGGUAGUCCACCUGGCUGUCGUCCUGAGUGUACACUUUCAUCAGAAUGUAGCUUUGAUAAAGCUUGCGUACAACAGAAAUGUGUUGAUCCUUGUCCAGGCGCAUGCGGCAGCAAUGCACAUUGUCAUGCCACAAAUCAUGCUCCGUUGUGUACGUGCCAGACUGGAUUUACUGGAGAUCCGUUCACCCGUUGCUAUCCCAUACCCCCGCCUCCCACUCAGCUGCAACAUGAACCUGUGCGCGAUCCUUGUCUGCCAUCGCCCUGUGGAGCUAAUGCUCAGUGUCGUCGGUCAAAUGAUCAAGCUGUGUGUAGCUGUCUGGCUGGUUACUUUGGAGUACCACCAAGCUGUCGACCUGAGUGUACGCAGAGUGCCGAAUGUCUGCCCAAUUCGGCUUGCAUAAACCAACGUUGUGUUGAUCCUUGCCCUGGCUCUUGUGCCUACAAUGCCAUUUGUACUGUGCGAAAUCAUGUACCUAGCUGCCAGUGUCCUGACGGAUUUAUAGGUGAUCCAUUUUCCUUCUGUCAGCGUGAGCCACCCAAACCCAUCGUUUCCGAUGAUCCCUGUAAUCCGUCGCCCUGUGGAUCUAAUGCCCAGUGUCAAAAUGGCCAAUGUACAUGCAUAGCCGAAUAUCAAGGAGAUCCCUAUGUGGGCUGCCGACCAGAGUGCGUGCUUAAUAGCGACUGUCCGCGUGAUCGUGCAUGCGUUCGCAACAAAUGUAUCGAUCCCUGUCCUGGAACUUGUGCACCCAAUGCCAUAUGCGAUGCACUUAAUCAUAUAGCCAUGUGUCGCUGUCCGGACGGAAUGAUUGGCAAUGCCUUCAUUCAAUGUAAUACACCGCCUGUUCAAAAUCAACCGCCUAUAAAUCCUUGCGCUCCCUCGCCAUGUGGCCCCAACAGUCGAUGCCGCGUUUUCAAUGACAAUGCCGUUUGCACUUGCAUUGAGGAUUAUGUAGGCACCCCACCAAAUUGUCGGCCGGAAUGCACACGGAAUUCGGACUGCCUGCCAAGUUUGGCAUGUCAACAACAGCAUUGCAUUGAUCCGUGCCCAGGCACAUGUGGCUAUAAUGCAAUCUGCCAAGUAGUAAAUCAUGCACCAAUAUGCAGUUGUGCUGCCCAAUACAUUGGCAAUCCUUUCCUUGGCUGUACACCCAUACCACCGCAGCGAGAUAUUAUUCCUGUCAAGCAGCCCUGUCAUCCCUCACCCUGUGGCCCGUACGCCGAAUGUCGUACGGUAGGUGAUCAGGCCCAAUGCAGCUGCCUAUCCAACUACAUUGGACAACCGCCAAAUUGUCGACCGGAGUGUGUCACCAAUUCAGAAUGCAACUUUAAUCAAGCGUGCGUAAACCAGAAAUGUGUGAAUCCAUGUCUAGGCUCUUGCGGCUCCAACGCCAUCUGUCAUGUGCUCAGUCAUGUAGCCAUGUGCUACUGUUCUCCUGGUUAUACGGGCGAUCCCUUCACCAUUUGCCGCCAAGAGCCCAUAAUUCAACAAGAGGAGCGAAUCCAGCCUUGUUAUCCCAAUCCUUGCGGCGCUAAUGCCGUGUGUCGUCAGGAGGGAAACGCUGGAUCUUGUCAAUGCUUACCCGACUACCAUGGCAAUCCAUACGAGGCUUGUCGACCUGAGUGCGUCAAUGAUAGUGACUGCCCGUCGGACAAAUCCUGUCAACAAUCGAAAUGUCGCGAUCCUUGUCCUGGUGUGUGCGGCUUAAAUGCCGCUUGUCGCGUUCUUAACCAUCUGCCCAUAUGUCAUUGCCUAAGCAAUUUCAUAGGUGACCCAUAUCGUUAUUGUCAGCUUCCCGAGAAACCAAUUUUGAAAGAAUAUGUAAAUCCUUGUCAGCCUUCACCCUGUGGUCCCAAUUCCCAGUGUCUUGAAAAGAACGAACAAGCUAUCUGCUCCUGUUUGUCAGAGUAUGUGGGAACUCCUCCCAACUGUCGGCCCGAAUGUGUAACCAGUGGCGAGUGUCCUUCUGAUAAGGCCUGCGUUAAUCAAAAGUGCCGAGAUCCAUGUCCUGGCGUUUGUGGUACAAACGCCGAUUGCCGUGUUUACCAUCAUGCACCAAUUUGCAGUUGCCGUCAAGGCUAUCAGGGUGAUGCGUUCACACGCUGCUAUCCCGUUCCACCCCCAACCCCUGUACAGUUGGAUACUUAUAAGAAUCCAUGCAUUCCAUCGCCAUGUGGUCAAAAUGCCGAGUGUCGUGAACAUCAUGGCACAGCUGUUUGCAGUUGCAUACGCAACUAUUUUGGUAGCCCACCCAAUUGUCGACCCGAAUGUAGCAUCAACGCGGAUUGUGCCGCUCAUCUGGCAUGUCAACAACAACGUUGCCGCGAUCCAUGUCCAGGAGCGUGUGGUUUCAAUGCACAAUGUGUGGCUAUUAAUCACAUACCGGUGUGUCAGUGUGCACCAGGAUUGACUGGCAAUCCGUUUGCUUCCUGUCAAGCCCCACCACCAAAACCACCUGUGCUGGCUGACGAUCCCUGCCUGCAUGUACAGUGUGGUGCCAAUGCUAUUUGUCUCCAGGGACAAUGCAGCUGUCUACCCGAUUUCCAUGGCAACCCAUUGAUUGGUUGUCGGCCCGAGUGCAUAUUGAACACGGAAUGCGCACAGAAUCGUGCAUGCGUACGCCAAAAGUGUAUUGAUCCAUGCCCAGGCACAUGUGGUUCGAAUGCCAUUUGUGAGGUACACAACCAUGUGGCCAUGUGCCACUGUCCAGCUGGAAUGACAGGCAAUGCUUUUGCAUUGUGCUCACCAUUGCCGCCACCACCGCCAAUUCUUAUAUCUGAUCCUUGUCAACCAUCGCCAUGCGGAGCGAAUGCACAAUGUCGUAACAUAAAUGGACAAGCCGUUUGCUCUUGUCUGCCACAAUUCGUAGGAGUACCACCAUCUUGCCGUCCGGAAUGCAUUAGCAACACGGAGUGUCCGCUGCACUUAGCUUGCCUGCAACAACAUUGUAUUGAUCCUUGUCCGGGUGCAUGCGGCCAGAAUACUGAAUGCAGAGUGCUAAACCACAGUCCAAUCUGUCGUUGCAUAAACUCUUACACGGGCAAUCCCUUCAUUGAAUGUCAUCAGCAGCCGGCACAGCCAAUUCAACAUGAUGUGAUUGAUCCCUGCAGACCAUCGCCCUGUGGGCCCAAUGCCGAAUGCCGCAAUGUUGGAAACAAUGCUCAGUGCAGCUGCCUCAUGGGAUUUAUUGGCACUCCGCCAAGCUGUCGACCCGAAUGCGUAAGCAGCGCUGACUGCCCCACGAAUCUGGCUUGCUUUAAUCAGAAAUGCCGUGACCCUUGCCCUGGUGUAUGUGGCAGCAACGCCGAAUGCUAUGUUAUUAAUCAUACACCCAUGUGCAACUGCAUAAGUGGACACACUGGCAAUCCGUUCAUCGGUUGCGACGUACAGCGGGACGUGGUCGAGUCCCAUACACCUUGUUCACCAAACCCUUGUGGCUCAAAUGCGAUCUGUACCGAAUCGAAUGGCGCUGGGGCAUGCCAAUGCUUGCCAGAGUUUUAUGGCAAUCCCUAUGUUGGUUGCCGACCAGAAUGUGUUUUAAAUUCAGAUUGCCCCAGUCAGCUUGCAUGUCUUAAUCAGCACUGCCGCGAUCCUUGUGCGGGUAUAUGUGGCCCCAACGCCAUUUGUCAUGUCCGUCAUCAUCUGCCUCAAUGCCAUUGCCUUAGUGGCUAUGAGGGCAAUCCUUAUAGCUACUGUAGUGUCAUACCCGAACCUUUACGAGAACCUGUCCCAGUUCAUCCCUGUCAGCCCUCACCAUGUGGACCCAACUCCAAAUGCCACGAGUCAAAUCAGCAGGCCGUUUGCAGUUGCCUACCUGAGUUUGUUGGCACACCACCAGGCUGUCGACCCGAAUGUACCAUUUCCAGCGAGUGUCCCCUAGACAAGGCCUGCAAUAAUCAGCAUUGCGUUGAUCCCUGCCCAGGAGUCUGUGGCCGUAAUGCUGUGUGUCGCGUUAUUAAUCACAGCCCCCAUUGCAGCUGUUCGCCUGGUUUUACGGGUGACGCAUUUGCCGGAUGUAGAACUAUACCGCCCGCUAUCACUUAUGACUAUCCAAAGGAUCCCAUUCGCGAUCCAUGUGUACCGUCCCCAUGUGGUACUUUUGGUCAGUGCCACUCUGAACACGGCCAAGCUGUGUGUCGUUGUCUGCCAAAUUACUAUGGUGCUCCUCCCAACUGCCAGCCUGAAUGUGUCAUAAACGCCGAUUGCGCUUCACAUCUGGCCUGCAUGAAUGAAAAGUGUCGCGAUCCUUGCCCCGGCUCCUGUGGCUUUGGUGCCCAAUGUAGCGUCAUCAAUCAUAUGCCCAUUUGCAGAUGUCCCGUUGGCUAUCAAGGAAACCCUUUCACUAGCUGUACGCCAAUACCACCAUCAUAUGAACCACCUCCACGCGAUGCCUGUAACCCCUCACCUUGUGGCUCGAAUGCCAUUUGUACCAACGGACAAUGCUCGUGUCUUCCCGAGUUUUAUGGCAAUGCCUACAUAGGCUGUCGACCUGAAUGUGUUCUUAACUCAGACUGCGCACGCGACAAAGCAUGCCAGGGCAGUAAAUGCGUUGAUCCAUGUCCUGGCGCAUGUGGCGUGGGUGCUAUUUGUGAAGUACGCAAUCAUGUGCCAAUGUGCCACUGUCCGCCAGGCACAUCGGGCAAUGCAUUUGUGCAGUGUGCUUUAGUACAACCUGAUCCGAUCGUGCCCGCCAAUCCAUGCCGUCCCACACCCUGUGGCAGUAAUUCUCAAUGUCGAGUGGCAAACGAGCAGGCCGUGUGCUCCUGCCUGCCAGACUUUUACGGAACACCCCCGCACUGUCGACCCGAGUGCACCAUCAAUUCAGACUGUGCCCCUCAUUUGGCUUGCCAAAAUCAACAUUGCCGCGAUCCCUGUCCUGGGGCCUGUGGUCAAAAUGCACUCUGCCAAGUGAUUCGUCAUACACCACAUUGCAGCUGUCCGGCUGGAUAUACAGGCAACGCGUUUGCCCUGUGCCAACGACUUCCGCCGCCUCCAAUUGUACAGCGGGAUCCAGUCAAUCCUUGCCAGCCGUCACCGUGCGGUGCCAAUGGGCUAUGUACACCUUCACCAGAUGGCAGCCAAGCGCAAUGCAAGUGCGUGGAAAACUUUAUUGGAACUCCCCCUAACUGCAGACCUGAAUGUGUUACUUCAGCGGAGUGCUCCAACCAAUUGGCAUGCAUUGGACAAAAGUGUCGCGAUCCUUGUCCUGGUGUCUGUGGCCAGGCUGCAACAUGCCAAGUGAUCAGCCAUGUGCCAUCUUGCAUUUGCAUAGCGGAUUAUAUUGGAGAUCCUUUCACGAAAUGCUAUCCACGCCCGCCACUUGAACAAGACCAAAUUAAUCCCUGCUCUCCAAGUCCUUGCGGUAGCAAUUCUAUCUGCAAGCAACAGGGUAGAGUUGGUGCUUGUCAAUGCUUGCCGAACUAUUAUGGAAAUCCCUACGAAGGAUGUCGACCCGAAUGUGUCCUGAACUCCGAUUGCUCCAGUCAUUUGGCCUGCGUUAAUCAACAUUGUCGUGAUCCCUGCCCCGGCAGCUGUGCGCCCAAUGCUCAGUGCCAAGUCGUCAACCAUGUUCCCCUCUGCAGCUGCUAUCCCAACUACGUUGGCGAUCCAUAUCGCCAUUGCCAACUGCGUCAGGCAGAACCCAUCAAAGUGAUAUAUGUGAAUCCCUGCGAGCCCUCGCCCUGCGGUCCUAAUGCACAGUGCAAGGAAUUGCAGGGCAAUGCAGUUUGUAACUGUCUGCCAGAUUAUUUUGGUACGCCACCCACCUGUCGACCCGAAUGUACAACGAAUUCUGAGUGUCCCACUGACAAGGCGUGUAUCAAUCAGAAGUGUAAAGAUCCUUGUCCCGGUGUAUGUGGCUACAAUGCCAUCUGUCAAGCUGUACACCACCGGGCCCAUUGCUCUUGCCUCCCAGGCCAGACUGGCAAUGCAUUUGUGCGUUGCUUACCAAUAUCUGAGCCCAUUGUGGCGCGCGAACCGUACCGUAAUCCGUGCAUACCUACUCCAUGCGGACAAAAUGCCCAUUGUCGUGUGAUCAAUGGCCAGGCAAUCUGUAGCUGUCUGUCCGAAUAUUACGGCACGCCCCCGCACUGCCAUCCCGAAUGUACACAAAACUCUGAUUGUGCCGCUCAUCGUGCGUGCAUAAAUGAGAAGUGUCAGGAUCCGUGUCCAGGCGCUUGUGGUCUUUACGCUCAGUGUACUGUCUUAAAUCAUGUGCCCAGCUGCACAUGUCCAAGCGGCUAUAUUGGCGAUCCAUUCCAUCGCUGUUAUCCAGCACCACCUAUUCCCACUCCAAUCGCCGAUGAUCCUUGCCAACCAUCACCUUGUGGUGUUAAUGCUCAGUGUGCGGGUGGCAAGUGCAGCUGCUUGCCCCUUUACCAGGGCGAUCCGUAUGUUGCGUGUCGUCCAGAAUGUGUGUUGAGCACGGAGUGUGCCUUAGACAAAUCUUGUGUACGAAAUCGGUGCGUAGAUCCCUGUCCUGGCACUUGUGGUUAUGGCGCCAUAUGUGAAGUCCAUAAUCAUGUGGCAAUGUGUCACUGUCCAAGUGGCUUACAGGGUAAUCCAUUCAUUUUAUGCCAAGCUCCGCAAUUUCAAGUAUCCUCAGCUCCACCGCCACUUCAGCCAUGCCAACCAUCACCAUGUGGGGCGAAUGCAAUUUGUCACCCAUCUGGAAAUCAGGCGAUCUGUAGUUGUCUGCCAGGCUAUUAUGGUAGUCCACCAAGUUGCCGGCCCGAGUGCACAACUAAUUCAGAGUGCUCUUUGAGCUUGGCAUGCAUUAAUCUCCGCUGUCGCGAUCCCUGUCCGGGAGUUUGCGGUCAUCGUGCCGAAUGCCAUGUCAUAAAUCACAGGCCUCAAUGUGUAUGCCCUUCAGGCUACACAGGUAGUCCGUAUGUACAGUGUCAACCAAUAAAACCAGUCGUAAUCCAACGUGAGCCACUUGAUCCAUGCGUUCCCUCGCCCUGCGGCCCUCAUUCCAAGUGUAGCAGUGAUCAGAGCGUAGCAACUUGUCGUUGCCUACCCGAUUAUGUAGGCGUGCCACCCUACUGUCGCCCAGAGUGCAUAUCCAACAUUGAUUGCCCUAGCGAUCGAUCAUGCAUUAAUCGCAAGUGUCAGGAUCCUUGCCGUGGUCUGUGCGGUUUCAACGCGAUAUGUCGAACCAGCAAUCAUCAGCCCAAUUGUGUGUGUGCCCCUGGACUUACUGGAAACCCCUUUACUUCCUGUCAAUUGCCACACCCACCCUCAAUACCGCCUCCCGCAACAACGGCUAUACAAACACCACAGUAUGAACAGCCUGUUAGUCAUCCAUGUGAGCCCAAUCCUUGUGGCGCCAAUGCACUAUGUAGUCACCACCGAGGCGUUGGCUCUUGUAGCUGCCUGCCUGAUUACUACGGCAAUCCUUAUGAAGCCUGUCGUCCCGAAUGUAUACUCAACAGCGACUGUCCCUCGCACAGAGCUUGUGUACAGCAGAAAUGCCGCGAUCCUUGCCCUGGCACAUGUGCCUUUAAUGCAGAAUGUCAUGUAGUUGAUCACCUGCCGCAAUGCAGUUGCUUUAGCGGCUAUACUGGCAACCCACUGAUACACUGCAGGCCUCUACCAACAGUAGAACAAUGUAAGCGACCACUUGCAAGGAAUUACCAUAACAUGUGUAACAAGUUUCUAUAUAUCUUUAACUCAGCACCUAUAAGUCACCCCGAUCCCUGCGUACCAUCACCUUGUGGCCCCAAUGCUCAGUGCCGUGAAAGCAACGAACAAGCUAUUUGUUCUUGCCUUCCUGAUUUCUAUGGUAGCCCACCCUAUUGCCGACCCGAAUGUACUUUGAAUUCUGAGUGUCCCUACGAUAAGGCUUGUGUACAGCAUAAGUGUAUUGACCCCUGUUCAGGCACCUGCGGUAUUAAUGCUGAAUGUCGUGUCCAUCACCAUAAUCCCAUUUGCUAUUGCCAGCUAUCAUACACCGGAAAUCCGUUUACUCGUUGCUACAAGACUCAAAUAAGUAAGCUUCAAUGUAAUACAACAUGCAGCAGUUCAUUUAAUAAUAAUUUUUUGGAAGAUAUAGCUCCAACAGUUGUCGCACAUCCAAUUUAUGACACACCAGCUCCACCAUAUCCGAUUAUAAUACCUGGCGUGAUUUAUGUUUCUGCUGACCCACAACCAACUACAAAUUAUAUUCCAUCGCCACCACAAUAUAUCAAACCAGAGGUUCUUAAUAUACCUUCGGUGUCCCGACCGACUUAUCCAACAACACCUGUAUUUGUAAAAACACCAACUCCAGAAGCUCCAAAUCAACAGCCGGGAGUAAUCAACAUACCUUCUGUACCACAACCAACAUAUCCAUCACCCCAGCCUCCACACUAUGAUGUCAAUUAUCCAUCUCCGCUACCAACUCCUAAACCAGGAGUAGUGAAUAUUCCUUCAUUGCCACAGCCGUUGCCACCAGCUCCACAGCCACCUAUAUUUGUUCCGUCUCCUCCAGUUUCUUCAACACCUUCACCACCGUCGGGAGUUGUCAACAUACCGUCUAUUGCACAACCAACUUAUCCAUCACCCCAGCCUCCACACUAUGAUGUCAAUUAUCCAUCUCCGCUACCAACUCCUAAACCAGGAGUAGUGAAUAUUCCUUCUUUGCCACAACCGUUGCCACCAGCUCCACAGCCACCUAUAUUUGUUCCGUCACCUCCAGUUUCUUCAACACCUUCACCACCGUCGGGAGUUAUCAACAUACCUUCUGUACCACAACCAACAUAUCCAUCACCCCAGCCUCCACACUAUGAUGUCAAUUAUCCAUCUCCGCUACCAACUCCUAAACCAGGAGUAGUGAAUAUUCCUUCUUUGCCACAACCGUUGCCACCAGCUCCACAGCCCCCUAUAUUUGUUCCGUCACCUCCGGUUUCUUCAACACCUUCACCACCGUCGGGAGUUGUCAACAUACCGUCUAUACCACAACCAACUUAUCCAUCACCCCAGCCUCCACACUAUGAUGUCAAUUAUCCAUCUCCGCAACCAACUCCUAAACCAGGAGUAGUGAAUAUUCCUUCUUUGCCACAACCGUUGCCACCAGCUCCACAGCCCCCUAUAUUUGUUCCGUCACCUCCGGUUUCUUCAACACCUUCACCACAGCCAGAGAUUAUUUACAUAACUUCCGUGCCGCAAACACCACAACCCGCUCCAACUACUCAGCCUCCUCGACCAGCUAUAUACGAUGUAUACUAUCCGCCACCACCACAAAUACCAGGAGUUAUUAAUAUUCCGUCACUACCCCGGCCAAUACCUCCGACCCCAACACCACAGGCACCAAUUUAUAUUGCUUCACCGAAACCCUCAUUGCCAGUCUCACAGCCAGGUGUUAUCAAUAUACCAUCUGUUGCUCAACCUACAUUCCCCACACAUCAAACACCGAUCUAUGAUAUGAGCUAUCCAGCACAACCAACACCAACGCAUAAACCUGGAAUUGUGAAUAUCCCCUCUGUAACGAAUCCGCCACCUCCAACUACGCAGCCUCCAAUAUACGUUCCAUCUCCUUACGCGAUUUCAACACCUGCCACAAGACCGGAAGUUAUUAAUAUACCAUCCGUACCUCAACCAACAUAUCCGGCGCCUCAGCCUCCUCCUGUGAAUCGCCCGAAUGAGCACCCAAUCAUAAAACCUGUUGUUGUCAAUAUUCCUUCGAUACCACAACCGGCACCAACAGCUAGUCAGCCUCAUAUAUUCGCUCCAUCUCCAAUAGCACCAAUACCUGUAAAACAACCAGAAGUUAUCAAUAUACCGUCCGUAGUAAACCCGACGUACCCAACAACUCAAAGGCCAAUCUACAAUGAUCUACACACAACACCUCAACCACCCUCUGAAACACCUAGUGUUGUGAAUAUUCCAUCUUUCCCUGCACCAUCUACAACUUUCCGUCCAAUCAAUGACGUUGCGAUACCUAGUGUAGACAUUAAUCCAUGCUAUCCAUCGCCAUGUGGUCCAUAUUCGCAAUGCCACAAUCGCUUCGGAGUUGCUGCGUGCAUUUGUCUACCCAAUUAUAGUGGAACACCGCCCAAUUGCCGUCCAGAGUGCAUUGUGCACUCGGAUUGUCCUGCUCACCUAUCAUGUAUAAAUGAAAUGUGUCGCGAUCCUUGUAGAGGAUCUUGUGCAUACAAUGCGCUAUGCAGGGUGCACAACCAUAUACCCAACUGUUUCUGUCCGGCAGGUUUCACCGGCGAUCCAUUUAAUUCAUGUCAACGAACGCGGCCAUUAAUUGUGCAACGUGAACCCACCGCAACAAAGGAUCCUUGCUAUCCGUCGCCUUGUGGGGCAAAUGCUAUUUGCAAUAAUGGUAUAUGUAGUUGUCUGAGUGAAUAUCAAGGAAAUCCUUAUGUGAGUUGCCGUCCCGAAUGUGUACUGAAUACGGACUGUGCGAAUGAUAAGGCGUGUAGGCGGCAAAAAUGUGUGGAUCCUUGUCUGGGUACUUGUGGAGAAAAAGCUAUCUGCAAAACAUACAAUCAUAUUGCCUCCUGCUCAUGUCCAGAACAAAUGCACGGAGAUGCCUUUGUACGCUGUGAUCCAAUACCAUUACCAAUACCAAAACCGCCUGUUUCAACUAUCAGUACAGUUCCGGCUGUUGUACCACCACGCCCGCCAGUCUAUCCUUGCCAUCCUUCACCAUGUGGACCGAAUGCUCAGUGCCGUGCUUAUCAUGAGCAAGCGAUUUGCUAUUGCUUACCUGGAUAUCUCGGCACACCACCCUCUUGUCGUCCAGAGUGUACUACUAAUUCAGAUUGCGCUCUUGACAAGUAUUGCUCGAACCUUAGAUGUCAAGAUCCCUGUCCAGGUGCCUGUGGCUUCCGCGCUACAUGUCAUGUUAACAACCACAGUCCCAUAUGCGUGUGUCCGCCCUCGCUUACGGGCAAUCCCUUGAUAGCCUGCCAGCCCAUAGGUAUGCGACAUCCAUUUCAUAACGUCCAAACAAUAUCUAAUUCUGUUUUUUCAGUAUUACCACCUGCAAAGGAUCCUAUCGCAGUGAAUCCUUGUCAACCAUCUCCUUGCGGCCCAUACUCAGAAUGUGUGGCCAUACAGCAGGUUGCACAGUGCACAUGUCUUAGAGAAUUCAUUGGUACACCGCCGCACUGUAGACCUGAAUGUGUUAACAGUGCCGAUUGUGCCACUGAUAAGACUUGUUAUAAUCGCAAGUGCAUUGACCCUUGUCCUGGUAGCUGCGGUCAUUUGGCAUUGUGCCGUGCUAUAGCUCACAGCCCGCAUUGUUACUGUCCGCCGGGCUAUGAAGGUGAUCCGUAUACCGCAUGCAUGCGACCCAAGCCACCUCCAGUGCCGACUUUACCCAUACCGGUGCCAUGUAAUCCAAACCCCUGUGGUGUAAAUGCCAUUUGUCAGCCGCUAUAUGACCAAAGCAUCUGCAAAUGUCUGCCUGAAUACUAUGGUAAUCCCUAUGAGAUCUGUCGACCCGAGUGCACACAUAAUUCGGAUUGUAGUAACAAUCAGGCUUGUGUAAAUGAAAAAUGUCGCGAUCCCUGCCCUGGUGUCUGUGGUCUCAAUGCCUACUGUCAGGUUAUCAAUCAUGUGCCUGUCUGUGAAUGCCAUCCCCAUCAUGUGGGCAAUCCCUACCACAGCUGUCACUAUAUCCAACAAGAACCCACGCCCCCAGUUUAUAAAAAUCCAUGUGAGCCGUCGCCUUGUGGCGCCAAUUCUCAGUGCCGCGAAUCACAGGGUCAAGCGAUUUGCAGCUGCCUGCCUCAGUUUAUUGGUACUCCACCUGCAUGUCGUCCAGAGUGUGUCAUCAGUGCCGAGUGUGCCGCGGAUAAGGCUUGUAUCAACCAGAAGUGUGAAGAUCCCUGCCCUGGCGCCUGUGGCCUCAAUGCACAGUGUCAUGUGCGCAACCAUAGUCCGCUAUGCUCCUGCCAGUCUGGUUACACAGGCGAUGCCUUCGUCCGCUGUUUCCCGAUACCACCACCCAAAGAGGCAGAUCAACCUAAGCAGCCACCUACGCCGUGUGUGCCAUCGCCAUGUGGACCCAAUUCUCAGUGCCGCGAACAGAAUGGAGGCGCCAGUUGUAGCUGCUUGCCCAACUUUAUUGGCGCAGCGCCCAACUGCCGCCCUGAGUGCACCAUUAAUGCCGAGUGUGCCAGUAAUUUGGCUUGCAUCAAUGAGAAAUGUCGCGAUCCUUGCCCCGGUGCCUGCGGCUUUGCAGCACAGUGCAAUGUAAUUAAUCAUACGCCCACAUGUUCGUGCCCCGCUGGUUAUACGGGCGACCCCUUCACUAGCUGUCGUCUCAUGCCACCCACGCCGCCACCGGCACCAACAAUUCCUGAUGAUCCGUGCAAUCCCUCACCAUGUGGCACGAAUGCACAGUGUCGCAAUGGUGUAUGCUCAUGCCUGCCCGAAUAUAAGGGCGAUCCCUACGUCGGUUGUCGCCCGGAAUGCGUGUUGAAUUCCGAGUGCCCCAGAAAUCGAGCAUGUGUACGCAAUAAGUGCAUCGAUCCGUGCCCUGGAACAUGUGCCCAAAACGCUCUUUGCGAUGCCAUUAAUCACAUUGCCAUGUGUCGCUGUCCCGAGCGCAUGACUGGCAAUGCGUUUAUUGACUGUACACCGGUGCGGGAUGAGCCAAAUAUCAAUCCGUGUCAACCAUCGCCAUGUGGAGCCAAUUCGCAGUGCAUUGAACGGAAUGGAAACGCGAUCUGCUCCUGCAUCACUGGAUAUCUGGGUCAACCGCCCAAUUGUCGCUUGGAGUGCUACACCAGCUCGGACUGCUCCCAACAGCACGCGUGCAUCAACAACAAGUGCGUGGAUCCCUGCCCAGGACAAUGCGGCCUAAACGCAGUUUGUCAAGCUGUACAGCAUCGUGCUCACUGCGAAUGCAUCGCUGGUUACACUGGAAAUGCCUACAGGCUGUGCAGUCCUAUUGUUAUAGAGCGCAAGCCAGAAAAGGCACGUGAUCCAUGUUACCCAUCUCCAUGUGGACCAAAUGCUCAGUGUACGAACGAGAACGGUCAAGCGCGCUGUAGUUGCCUGGCAGAGUUCCAAGGCACGCCGCCCCAUUGCCGACCCGAGUGUUCUUACAAUGACGAGUGCCAAAAUAAUUUGGCCUGUAUAGGUCAGAAGUGUCGCGAUCCAUGCCCCGGAAGCUGUGGUCAAAAUGCUAUCUGUCGAGUUACCCUACAUACGCCCAAUUGCCAUUGUCCUGCCGGUAUGACGGGUGAUCCGUUCCGACUUUGCCAGCAAGUUCAACAACCUGUGCCAACGCCAGUGCCUUCGCCGAAGAAUCCAUGCCAGCCAUCGCCGUGUGGUAGCAACACCGAGUGCCGCCUGCGAGGCGAAAGCUAUGUUUGUGAGUGUAUACAGGAGUACAUUGGCAAUCCGUAUGAGGGCUGUCGUCCCGAAUGCGUUGGCAACUCGGAAUGUCCAGCCAAUCGUGCCUGCAUACGCAAUAAGUGUGCUGAUCCUUGCCCCGGCACCUGUGGACUGGAAGCUCUAUGCAACGUCAACAAUCACAUUCCAAUCUGUUCCUGCCCGACGGGCUAUACGGGCAACGCCUUUGUGCAAUGCACACGACAGGUGACACCACCGCCGGCCUCGGAUCCAUGCUAUCCAUCCCCGUGCGGCCUAAACUCAGUGUGCCGCGUGCAACGAGAUCAAGCUGUUUGUGAGUGCCUCCCCGGCUUCUUUGGUAACCCAUUGGGCCAGGGCUGUCGACCUGAAUGCACACUCAGCUCGGAUUGCGCCAAGGAUCGAGCUUGUGUAAAUAAUAAGUGCGUCGAUGCCUGCAUUGGAGUGUGCGGAUAUGGCGCUGUCUGUCAGACCAUCAAUCACAGUCCGAUAUGCUCCUGUCCCGACAACAUGAUAGGAAAUCCAUUUGUGCAAUGCGAAGCGCCACGUAAUGUUGACGUUGAUCUGUGCCAGCCAUCGCCUUGUCGCAGCAACGGUAUCUGCCGUGUACACAACGGUGCUGCCACUUGCAGCUAUCCGGAGUGUGUGACGAACGAAGACUGCUCCCGGGAUCGCGCUUGCGUCAGUCAGAAAUGCCGUGAUCCAUGUCAACAGGCGUGUGGCCUCAACGCCAUUUGUCGUGUUAUCAAUCACAAGGCCAUUUGCAGUUGCCCGCCAGAGUUUUAUGGCUCACCAUAUGCUCAGUGCGUGCGUCAAGUGCCUCAAUUGGAUCCGCCUAAGCCGGAGUGCACCAGCGAUAGCGAGUGCACCAACGAUAAGGCGUGCAUCAAUCAAUUCUGCCGCAAUCCUUGCGAGCAAUCCAAUCUGUGUGCACAGCAGGCACGCUGCCACGUGCAGCUCCAUCGUCCGCUCUGCGUAUGCAACGAAGGCUACACUGGAAACGCACUGCAAAACUGCUAUCUGCUGGGCUGUCGCUCCGACGGAGAGUGUGCACCCACCGAGGCCUGCGUUAACGAGCAGUGUGUGGAUCCCUGCACCUUCACUCAAUGUGGCACUGGAGCUAUCUGCCGCGCGGACUUCAAUCAUCGUGCCCGCUGUCACUGCCCUGACGGUUAUCGUGGCAAUCCUCUAUUGCGUUGCGAGCGACCUGAGUGUCGCAACGAUAAUGAAUGCGCCUUCCAUUUGGCCUGUCGCAACGAGCGCUGCGAGGAUCCCUGCAAUUGCGGCAUUGGCGCCCAGUGUCGCGUGGACAAUCAUCGUGCGCAAUGCCGUUGCCCAGCCGGCUACAGCGGCAAUCCAGCAGUACGCUGUGAGUUGCUGCCGGUCAAGCCCGAAGGCUGCACCAUGGAUGCGGAAUGUCCCAGCAAAUUGGCCUGCUUCAAUGGCGAGUGCAAGAACCCAUGCGACGUAGCCCAUCCAUGUGGAGCGAAUGCCAUCUGCGAGGUCGUCGACACACUGCCCCUGCGCACAAUGAUCUGUCGCUGUGAGCCUGGCUACGUGGGUGAUGCGGACAUUGGAUGUCGCAAAGAAACCGUACGUGACCAAGGCUGCGUAUCACAUGAUCAGUGCCAGGACACCGAGGCCUGUCGCCGAGGCAAUUGUGUCAAUCCUUGCCUGGAUCCAUCGCCCUGUGCGCGUACUGCUGAAUGCCUGGCGCAACAUCAUCGAGCCAUCUGCAGCUGCCCGAAGGGCACUCAAGGUGAUCCAUUCACCAACUGCUACCAACCACCACAAAUCACAGCUGGCUGUGCUCACGACUCGGAAUGCACGCCCACAACAGCGUGCAUCAACAAACGCUGCCAGGAUCCGUGUGCUGAGGCCAAUCCUUGUGCAGGAAAUGCCGAGUGCCGUGUGCAAAACUCACGACCCAUUUGCUACUGUCCCGCUGGUUGGGGUGGCGAUCCACAAGUGCAAUGCUUCAAGCCCGAGUGCAAGAUAAAUGCUGAUUGUCCCUAUGACAAGGCCUGCCUUAAUGAGAACUGCGUCAACCCGUGCACCCACGGCCAGGUGCGUUGCGGCAGCGACGCCGAAUGCCUGCCACAGAAUCACCAGGCUGUUUGCCGCUGUCCCGAAGGCACCCAGGGCAGUCCCUUCAUCGCUUGCAUCACUGGCCACUGCCAGUACAACGAGGAUUGUGCGGAUAACGAAGCCUGCGAUCGCUUGAAUCGCAUUUGCCGUCCAGUCUGCGAGCAGGACACAUGUGCUGUGAAUGCUCUUUGUGUGGGACGUCGUCAUCAGCCACGCUGUGAGUGCCGCCCAGGCUACCAGGGUAAUCCGUUCGUGUUGUGCGAGCAGCCCAAACAGGAUCCACAGCCGCAAUGCACCCAAGACGCUGACUGUCCAUCGAAAUUGGCUUGCAUCAAUCAGCGUUGUGCAAAUCCAUGUGCCACGCCGCACGUGUGCAGCCCACAGCAGAGCUGUGCCGUUCUGGAUACCCUACCACUGCGCACCAUGAUCUGCAAGUGUCCCAGCGACACUGUCUCUGACAAUUCCGGCAAUUGUGUGCCCAUCCAGCCGGCUAUCGUCUCCGGCGGCUGUCAGCACAAUGCAGAGUGCGCCAGCUCUGAGGUGUGUCUGCAUGGCAGUUGUCUGGAUGCCUGCCACCUGGAACGUUGCGGUGUGAAUGCUCAGUGCAAUGCACGCGAUCAUUAUGCGCAAUGUAGCUGUCCAGCUGGCUACCAGGGUAAUCCACGCAUUGAAUGCUAUACCACGGAUAUUGCUAUACCGAAGAUUCCUGGCCCCGAAUGCACACGCAAUGAUGAUUGUCCACGAGAUAAGAACUGCCAGAACGAACGCUGUGUGAAUCCAUGUGUGGCUGACGCCUGCGGCCUAGGCGCCUACUGUCAUGUGCAGAAUCGCGCCGCCAUUUGCCGUUGCCCGCCUGGUUACACGGGAGACGCACGCACUCGUUGUCUGCCACCAUCGGAUGUCAUCACUGUGGGCUGCAAAUCCAAUUCGGAUUGCCCCAUUGCGGAGGCGUGCAUCAACGCGCAGUGCAUCAACCCAUGCAACUGUGGGCCCAAUGCCGAGUGUACUGUCAAGAAUCAUCAUCCGAUUUGCUAUUGCAAGCCUGGCUUCUCAGGCAAUGCCCAAUUCGGCUGCGCGCCCAUUGGCUGCCAGUCGGCCGAUGAGUGCGCCGGUGACAAGCAGUGCACGAAUCAUGAGUGCGUCAAUCCCUGCCUGAUCGCUGAUCCUUGUGCUCUGAAUGCUGAAUGCUAUGGCCGCAAUCAUCGCGCUAGCUGCCGUUGCCCCACUGGCCUUGAGGGAGAUCCGUUUGUGCGCUGUGUGCGUCUAGAAUGUCACUCGGACUACGAUUGCGCCUCUAAUUUGGCCUGCGUUGCCAACCAGUGUGUGAAUCCUUGUGCUCAAAGCCCGUGCGCCCAGAAUGCAAUCUGCCAGGCGCUACAGCAUCGUGCCGUCUGUCGCUGUCCCGAGCAAAUGCCAUUGGGCAAUCCCUAUGCCUACUGCGAGCGUCGGCCCGUGGAGCCCGUGUGCCGCGAUGACGGUGACUGCCCCAGCGGCCUGGCCUGCAUCGAUGCCAAGUGCAAGAAUCCAUGUACCGAACUAUCGCCCUGCGCACGCAGUGCUCACUGCAGUGUGUUGGACAGCGUACCCGUACGGACCAUGGUCUGUGAGUGUCCCGAAUCGCAAGUACCGGAUGCCAGCGGCGAAUGCCGUCAACUGGUGCUACAGAGUCCGCCAGGCUGCGAAAGUGAUUCGGAUUGUGGAGAUCAGGAGGCCUGUGUCAAUCGCCAGUGCCGCAAUCCCUGCAACUGUGGCUCCAACGCCGUUUGCCAGGUCCAACAACAUCGCGCCGUGUGCAGCUGCCAGGAUGGCUUUGAGGGCAAUCCCUAUGCCGUCUGUCGCUCCAUUGGUUGUCGUGUCGACGGCGAAUGCGACUCUGGCAAGGCCUGCAUCAAUGGCAACUGUAUCAAUCCGUGUCUGGUCAACGAUCCCUGCGGCCCCAAUGCCGAGUGCUACGUACAGUCGAGUCGUGCCCAGUGCCGCUGUCACAGCGGCUAUCGCGGCAAUCCCUACGAGCGUUGCCGAGUAAUUGGCUGCACUAGCAACAAUGACUGCCCCACGGACAAGACCUGCCAGAACGAGCAAUGCGUAAAUCCAUGCGUCUACCGUAAUAUCUGUGCGCCACGCGCCGAAUGUCGUCCACAGAACCACAUGGCCGUUUGCCGCUGCCCAUCAGAUUUCAUUGGCAAUCCAUAUGUGGACUGUCGCCCGGAGCCCCAACCUGUCUGCAAACUGGAUACGGACUGUCCUGCUCGUUUGGCCUGCAUCAACGAACAAUGCGUCGACCCGUGCUUGGUACUGGAGCCCUGUCAACGACCUGCCCAGUGCCAGGUGACCCCUACGGCACCUGUACGCACCAUGAUCUGCAUCUGUCCAGAUGGUUACAUCAGCAGUGGCAGCGGUAGCUGCAAACCCACCACUAGCAUCGUGAAAGUAGGCGGCUGCAUCUCCGACUCCGACUGUCCGGCCGACAAGUCUUGCGUGAGCGGCAUUUGCCGUAAUCCAUGCAAUUGCGGAGUGAAUGCCGAGUGUCGCAUCAAGGAUCACAAGCCAGUUUGCACCUGUCGCCAGGGCUACGAGGGCAAUCCUGAAUUCGAAUGCGCCAAAAUCGAAUGCACCAUCAAUUCCGAGUGCCCAGCAACACACGCAUGCCGUAAUCAGCUCUGCAUACCCGCCUGCCAGGGCGAGCAAUGCGGACCCAAUGCCGAAUGCCUGGCCAUUAAUCAUCGGGCCGUGUGUGAAUGUGCUCCUGGACAUGGCGGAAAUGCGCGUCUGGGUUGCACACCUCUUGGCUGCCGCAACGAUGACGAGUGCCCAUCCGACAAGGCCUGUGUCAAUGGCAAAUGCACCAAUCCCUGUGAGACCACUGCCAUUUGCGCCAACGACGAGCUCUGCAAGGUUUAUCAGCAUAGGCCCCAAUGCGCCUGCCCGCCCGGCACUGUGCCCGGUCGCAAUGGCUGCGAGCAGGAACGAGUCGUGCCCAUUUGUACCAGCGAUGGCGACUGCCCAACUCAACGCGCCUGUCUGCGAGGCGAAUGUGUGAAUCCCUGCAACGCAACCCAGCCGUGCGGCGUGAAUGCCGAAUGCCGUGUCCUGGAUACGCUGCCUGUGCGCACCAUGAUCUGUGAAUGCCUCGAGGGCUACACAGGUAACGCAGCCGUGCAGUGCGACAAGCGCUCGCUGUGUGUCAUCGAGAAGGGCUUUGUGCGCGAUGUCGAUGGCCAGUGCGUGUGCCCACCGGGCAGCGCUCUCGACAUCUACGAGUAUUGCACACCCUGUCUAGUGGAACAAGGAUAUCGUAUCGAUGAAAGCGGCCAUUGCGUGUGCGCCUUGGAGCGCGGCAUGGUAAUCGAUGAACGUGGUCGCUGCACAUGUCCCAUUGACCUGGGCUAUCGUCUAACACCGCUGGGUGAAUGCGUGCCCGUUGAGCAGCCCGAAUGCGUCACCAAUGAGCAAUGUGCGGACAAUCGCUUCUGUAAUCCGGAAACAAAGACCUGUGAGGAUCCCUGCCUGACCAAGACGUGUGGCGUGAAUGCCUUCUGUAAUGCUGUGAACCAUCGUGCCCAGUGCCAAUGCAUCACCGGCUACACAGGUAAUCCAGAGCUGCACUGCAAUCACACCAACUUCCGUACGGACUUCCCACGCCCCGACAUGGUUGUCAGUUGCUUGGCUGAUGGAGUACAAGUGGAGAUCCAUAUAACCGAGCCAGGUUUCAACGGCGUACUGUAUGUGAAGGGACACAGCAAGGAUGAGGAAUGCCGUCGAGUUGUCAAUUUGGCUGGUGAAACGGUGCCACGUACCGAACUCUUCCGCGUACACUUUGGCAGUUGUGGCAUGCAAGCCGUUAAGGAUGUGGCCAGCUUCGUCCUGGUCAUACAGAAGCACCCCAAGCUGGUUACCUACAAGGCGCAGGCCUACAACAUCAAGUGCGUCUACCAGACCGGCGAGAAGAACGUGACGCUAGGCUUCAACGUAUCCAUGCUGACAACAGCCGGCACAAUUGCCAAUACUGGACCACCGCCGAUCUGCCAAAUGCGAAUAAUUACCAAUGAAGGCGAGGAAAUCAAUUCUGCAGAGAUUGGCGACAAUCUACGCUUGCAAGUGGACGUUGAACCAGCCACUAUUUAUGGCGGAUUCGCGCGCUCCUGCAUAGCCAAGACAAUGGAGGAUAAUGUACAGAACGAAUACCUCGUAACCGAUGAGAAUGGCUGUGCCACGGACACAAGCAUCUUUGGCAACUGGGAAUACAAUCCGGAUACCAAUAGUCUGCUGGCCAGCUUCAAUGCCUUUAAAUUCCCCUCCAGUGACAACAUACGGUUCCAGUGCAACAUACGCGUUUGCUUCGGCAAAUGCCAGCCGGUCAACUGCGGCGGCUACAAUGCCUUUGGACGCAGACGUCGCUCCAUUGCGGACAACUCAAGCGAUACAACGGCAAUUGCCACAAGCACUGGCGUGGAGGGUCAGCUGCGUGAGGAGAUCACCAUCUCAUCCAAUGCCAUAUUGACAUUCGAGAAACGCAGCGGUCCAGGCCUGAAUGAUGCCAACAUCAAACCUGCGGCUCAGCGUGUUGAGGAUAUUUGCGUGUCCAUGGUGGGCUUGAUCAUAGCCUUGGUUAUCACGGCACUGCUGGCGCUUGUCGCCGUCGCCGUGGCCGUUUCCUGCUGGCUAAUGGCCUACAGAAGAAGACCCAAGACAUUGGCACCCUUGCCACAUCCUCCAGAGUUCCCCAAUCCGCUGUUCGCUAACCCGGACGCUGCGCCCGAACCAACACCGGACUAUAUCUCCUAAACUGUAAAGUAACUUAACACAGACAGAACAACAACAAAUACCCCUAGCUAUAAUUUUAGUUUGUAACAGAAGUAUUUGAGAUGCUCGUGCAAAAAGCUAGAAACGAAAUUAAAUUUCGCGCAACAAAUGCAAUGAAAUGACAGAAAGGAAAAGCAAAAGUACAGUUGUGAGCAGAAAAUGUAGUCGUCAGCGUUUAUGAAACACUGACGAAAAUAACAAAACGAAACAUUAAUAGAAAUUGUAAAAAGCAAAACGACAUGAAAGAAAUGCCACAAAGCGCAUUGCAAACAUUUAUUUAAUAACUUAAGAAAAUAAUUUUAUUAUUUUGUAUUAACAAUUUAGUAUUUUUCCUUACUAAUAUGAGAAUUUUGCGUAGUUGCCAAGCAAUAGAAAUUUUUUAAAGGCCACCAUAGAAUUUUCAAUUAACGAAACUGCCAAAAGUGAAACAGAAACAAUGCAAUGAUGCAGAGAGAAUAUUUAGAUUUUAAAGUGCAGCUACAAACGAAUUCUCGUCCUCUAACGACAACUUCUUCAUUAGUCGAGUGUAAUUACAUAAUGAUAUUUUGUUAUAUACAUACAUAUACAUAUAUAAAUAUAUAGAACUAAAGAUUUCCUAUAAAUGUUUAGGGUGUGGGUAGUAGCAACGACACUUUGUAUUAUAGCACAAAAUACACACACAAAUAUACGCGCGCACACACACACACAAAUACCCCACUACUAUUUCGAGUGUUAUUUAGGACAUCAACUCGCCUUUAAAAUUAAAAACUGCCUUACCUUUCCAACACACAUACACGAAACGAACAAUGCACCCAUAAGAAUACUCUUUAGCAGUACGUAAACUUGAAAUGGAACAGCGUAUAGCCACAGCAGACAUAAAUAUAAACACAAGACAAUAUCUCAACGAUUGUCUUACAUAGUUUAUAUAGAGGAUCAAAAGUUUUACACACACACACACACAGAGAGAGAGAUAGAUCACAAAUAAAAUCAUGCUCAAGGUUAGAAGCUGCUCCUAAAAAAUUAAAUAAUAAAAUUACAUUAUAUAAAUGUAAAAUGAAAAUGCAAAAUGAAAAAAAAAAAAAAAACUGCCACUGAGGCGUUCACAGCGCACAAAAGAUUAAUGAAUAGGAGAAGAAAAGUAUGUAAGGUUUGUUUUAAUUUUAAAUGCAAAACAACGACUAAUGGAGGAUUUGAACUAUGACUAUGACUAUAACUCUACUUACUACUACUACUACUACUACUACUAUGAUUAACCAAUUAUUUUUGUAGUUUUUUAGUCAAUUAAUAUUAAAUUGUUGUGAUUGUUUUAAAAUGCAAAUGAAAUACUUCCACUAACUGACUAGUACAGCAAGUGUUAAAAAAAAAAAGGCAACGAAUCGGCGAGUUUUCUUCCCCCGCAGCCAGCCAAGCGCAGAGCGCAGCUGUUAACGCGCUUGAAGCUAUGCAGCGAAAUUUUUGCUUCUCGCGCCUGUUCACAGUGCACCACUGUUGCUUGGGGGCAUGCGAGCAGUCGCCGCUAUAUUUUAAUUAUUCAAAAUGAAGUUUUUAAUUAAUAUUAUUAAACAUAAACGAAAUGUAUAGUCACUACUUUAAGCCGAACAAUUUUUUUUUCAUAGUGGAAAUACCAUGAAAACUCGCACACACGUACACCAACACAUCAAUACAGACAGAAAGAGACCAAUUGUAAAUAA